AAAGUUUCCGAGCAGCUUGGCGCAUAUGAGAUUGUAACUCCGGCGCGUGUGAAUGAAGCCGGUGACAACUUUCCCACGAGCGUGCACUUCAAACGGAAAAAGCGGAGUGUGGAGGAUAGCCCAGGCAACUCCUCUGUUCAUUGGGUCUCGCCAUCAAUCCAUUACAAAAUAUCUGCGUUUGGACAGCACUAUCACCUCAACCUGACACUCGAGUCAGGAUUUAUCGCUCCGCUAUACACUGUGACAGUACUUGGAGCACCUAUAGGUAACAUAACGGAUUUCACCCCGGAGGAGGAGGCAGAGGAGGAUACGGAGUAUCAGCACUGCUUCUAUAAAGGACAUGUGAAUGCUCAAACGGAGCACACCGCAGUCAUCAGUCUCUGCUCUGGAUUGGUGAGUCCAAGCACUUUGAGUAGCCCUCCCUUGAUACAGUGUGAUACAACGUCUCUCUGCACUACGAUAGGCGCACCUGUUAUCUGACCAGAUAUGAAACUGUAACACUAAUAGUUUAUACAGCUGUUGUAAUACUAUGACAACAUGAGAACAUUAGGGGAACCUUACCCUGGUAAUGGAGUGCAUUUCUACCUCUGCACAAAGCGCGUUUUUCCAGCCUUGUGCAUUUGUGUUCAACUUAAAAGUGGUGACUGUUAGUGAGAGAGAGCCAUUAUGUUAGCUCUUGUAUCUUAAAAUGAGCUGCUCACAUAAAUAACUUUGAGCCUAGUAGUCUCCUUCUGCUCCUCAACUUCAGCCAUCAUACUCUGCAUGCACGCUUCUCUGGUAGCCGGUGACGUCCUACGCUACGCACAUCAGUGCAGAGGGCGCGCCAGUGGUGCUGACGUCAUCACGAUUGAGUCUCAGACAGGGACAUUAUCUCCAUGCAUGCAUGACGUUGUGUGGAGUUGAUUUUUUUAAAACAUUUAAGUCAUUUAGCAGACGCUCUUAUCCAGAGCGACUUACAGCUAGUGAGUGCAUACAUUUUUAAUUUUUUUCAUACUGGUCCCCCGUGGGAAUCGAACCCACAACCCUGGCGUUGCAAGCGCCAUGCUCUACCAACUGAGUUACACGAUUGAUACUUACAGAUUGUAAUAAUAACAGUUAAAUUCCCCAUGUGAAUAUCAUUGAGGUCAUCACAAAUUAAACAAAUGGGACUUGCCUGCACCAUAAGCCUAGAUAGAUUGGGGAGAUCAUUUGACAUUAAAAUAAAACAAAGUUAAUGUUGGUCUAUGGGUGUGGUUCAGGCCAAUAAAAUGUACUAUUAGAAAGUUUAAAUGAUUCAAGCAUGUAUAGGCUAUUAAUUCAUAUACAUCUAAGGACUUUUACUUGCUCUGGACCUAUUCACAGGGAAACAGUCGGAAGCAGGUAUAUGACCACUGAUACAUUAUGAAUUAUAUCCACUCAGGGGAGCCAGCCCCACCCAAUCAGAUUGAGCAAAAAAAUAUAUAAUAAUAAUGCUCUUUACUUGUCAGUGUUCCAAACGGGACAUUAUUUGUCUUUUUACCUAAACAUGCAAACACCAUCAGAUAUACUGUAAUUCAUAGCGAGCGUUGCACUGGGUUAGUCAGAUUUGAUUAAAUAUAACAGAACAGAUUAACUGGAAUGACAUUCACUCUGGGUUGCCAAAAAUAACUUACUGAAAGCCACAACCCCAAUAAGCUUGUAAGGGCUUGAAAGUAAGCAUUUCACGGUAAGGUCUACACAUGUAGUAUUCGGCACAUGUGACAAAUAAAAAUUGAUUUCAUUUGGAAUAGUUAUAAAAUGUAAAGCUGGCAAACGGUUAGUGGGUCUUCUUCUUCUUCUGUGGGGUUUAACGGCGGUUGGCAUCCAAUAUUUUGCAUUACCGCCCCCAACUGGACGAUAGUAUAAAUCCAUUAUACUUUGUGAUACAAAAUUGGAAAUGGGGAAAAUAAAAAUAAAAACAAAUAAUAAAACAACCUUCCAACUAACCCUACACUCAUUUAAAAACCCACUACUUUGUCCCUAUCUGCUCCUGCAGAGGAAAGGACACCACCACUAAACACACCCUGUAACUCUUCUGAUGUCAAAUUUCGUACACCCAAGUACUUCUCUGCAGCUGCAACCACAACAUCAAUUUUCUGUGAUUUACGUUCCAUUUCUGCAGUACAGUUAAUAACCAUUGCUAUGAACGCUUAUAAGCCAAUCUUACUGAAAAGUAUGUCACUCGUUGGCCUAUCCAUCUGUACUGGCACAAAUCUACUACUCACAGGGAUCCCUUAACCCAUCCUCUACUUUCUUCACUGCCUCAGCAUACAACACUUUCUGCACUACUCUGACUCUUGCCACCUCAAACUGCCUUUCUCGCACCGGACACUUCCGAUCCCCAGUAACAUGGGCACCCCUACAGUUGACACACACAACUUUAUCCAACAUUUAGUUGUGAAUUCCAUACUGUCACUAGAUCACCUGGCGCGUGCUGCACAACAGUGAGUGACACACAAGGCUCCGGGUCUCUCGUCGUUGUGUGCUUGUAAACAAACACCAUGUGACUGGGUACUACCGGUAAGCUUCGUAAUGAAAAAUUAUGUGACAGGUGAAAUUAAGAGUGCAAUCUUCUUUAUCACCUAACAUAUUACACAAGACUGCAGGUAUUUACUUAAAAAUUAGCUACAAAUAUUUAAAUAAUAAAUAAAACAACUUCAAAGAAAUGGUUUCAAUGGUAUUGACGGUAUUAAAAAAACAUCCCUUUUCUAUUUCCAAAUACCCCGGCAUACGGUAUAUACGGUAUACCGCCCAAGCCUAGUCAACACGCCUCUAUUUUAGCUUUAAAAAUGCUAAAUGUGUAGAAUAGCAUGAGAUGAGCUAUAAAACAAAUUGAGCUAAUUGUCCUCUCUGCCCCACACACAAAAACAUGAUGGUUCUAAAUAGUACCAGAUAGGGGUUCUUUGGCUUGUAACCAUAGCGGAACCCUUUUUGGUGCUAUAUAGAACCCUUUGUUGAAGGUUCAAUAAAGAAACAUGCUCAUAAGGUACUAAAUGGAACCUGUAUGGUGCCAUUAAAAUGGUUCUAUAUAGCACCAAAAAAGGGUUCUGCUAUGGUUACAAUACUUUUUGAGGCUAUAUAGAACCUUUUUUUAUGGUUCUUUGUAUAACCUUUAUGGAGAAUGGUUCUAUAAAGAACCUGUAAAUCCUUUUGGAGAACCAUACAUGGUUUUUAAUUUUGGUCACCCAUAUUAUACUGUUAAAAUUCCAUUGGUGUUAUUAUUGUGCUAAUUGACAAGUUGAAUCAAGUGCACCACCUCUGGAAAAGCUAGGAGUAUCUGAGAAAAUAAUUGAGAACCAUUCACUGAUUUAGUCAACUGUUCUCAAUUGGCACAAGGCCAUACAGGAGGGUCUCACAAGCCAGUGUCAUUGGCCAUAGUAAUUUAUAAUAUGCAAUGGCAUAACACAACACAUGAGAUAAACUGGAAUGACUCUCUCACUCACGGUUGCACAAAAAGAGCUGCGCGCAAACCACGCCCCAAAAUAUUCGAAUGAGCCGCCUACCCUACAAUUUAUUUAUAUAUAUAUAUAUAUAUAUAUAUAUAUAUAUAUAUAUAUAUAUAUAUAUAUAUAUAUAUAUAUAUAUAUAAAUUGGGGGGGGGGGGGGGGGUAGAGCAGCUUUAAUAUUGCAGAUAGAUUGUAGCUUCCAUCAAUGUAAUUGUCUGCAUCACUUCCAAUCCCCCAUAUAUUCCCCCUCCCCUACAUUUUAAAUAUCACUAAAAGAGCAAAGAAUUUGAGUCAUUAUGGUUCCACAUAGAACCAUCACCCUUCCCAAAGAACCUUUGAGGAACCCACAUUUGUUUGUGUGCAUGGCAAAACGUGUAGAAUUGCAGGCCAUUAGCUUUAAAACAGCAACAAAAACAUUCUCAGCCUCAUGGCAAAAUGUGUAGAAUAGCAUGUGAUUAGCUAUAGAACUGCCCAUUUCUCUCUUUGCUCCAUAGCUCAGUUGGUAGAGCAUGGCAUUUGCAAUGCCAGGGUUGUGGGUUCGAUUCCCACGGGGGGCCAGUAUGAAAAUGUAUGCACUCACUAACUGUAAGUCGCUCUGGAUAAGAACGUCUGCUAAAUGACUAAAAUGUAAAAUGCACGAAGUUAGCUGCCGUGGGGCAAAGAGAGAAAUCUCAUUUCAAUUCCACUUUGCAUUUUAAUAUUAGAUGAGUCAUCCUCCAUAAUAAUGUGAGUGGCUCCCACAACUAAAUCAAUAGUUGGUCAUUAUAUCUUGUGUGCAUUUGAGCACAAUUGUGAAUAUUCCUAAUAGUCAUUACAUUUUGCAUACAGCAGACCUACAGUAUAUUUGUGAGAUUCCCUUUUCACUACUUUGAGGUGGUUUCAAUCUUUUCAUCAUACAUAAACAAUGAAAUAUAUUUUCAUGGCGAAUUAUGCUCACUGUGGGCCACCCUAUUGGUCUGUAGCAUUGCCCAGUGCAGCAUUGUCCAAUUCAAUCUAGAUUAGAAAUAAGUGCUAUUUCCACAUUGCUUAGCUUGGCACUUCGCAUGUCUGGUGUAUCUUUGACCUCCAAGUUAACUAGUAGCACUGCCUGUGAAAUAUAACAAGGCUUCCAUCGAGUCUACAAACAGUGCCAAGAAACAAACAAUAAGAGUCACACUGUUUUCUGAUAGGCAUCAUAGGCCUCAUUCUUCUCCUUUUUCCUCUCUUUUUCAGGGACCAUUUUACUAAUAUGCAUGCAAAUACAUGUAUUUCACCACAUAAUCAUAAAAUGAAUAGCUGUGAAUGAAAGACUAGCCAGUGGGGGCCCUGACAAGGACCAUUCCCACUACUCUGUGGAGUGUGUCAAUGCAGUACGCUCCAAUGUUACUGCACUUAUUUCAAACCAUUCCUUUUUUCUCCCCCUCAGCUUGGCACUUUCAGGUCACCGGAAGGGGAAUAUUUUGUGGAGCCCCUUCACAGCUACAAUGGAGAACACUAUGAAGAAGAACAUACCAAACCUCAUAUUGUGUACAGGAAGAACGCCUCUGAGAAAGAGGCAGCUGGGGAGGACACUGCUUGUGACACAUCAGGUACAUUGAAAUUAUGAGAGUAAUGGAGAUGUUUGGUCGGAUAUUUGUUUUUUUUGUGUGUUAUAGAGUUUGUCAGGAGGAUUUUGGACACGCACACACACUCAUCCACACACGCACACACACACACACACACACACACACACACACACACACACACACACACACACACACACACACACACACACACACACACACACACACACACACACAGAGAAAGAGAGAGCUAGAGCUAGGUGAGUCAGUUUCAUUGAGUAAGCCAGUGAGUCAACUGUGUGUGUGUGUGUGUCUCAUUCUCCCUGAUAAAAAAAAUAACUUGUUACCCGGCCUUUAAUGAGUUCCAACAGACGUAAGCAAGGAAGGAGAAUCGUUGUCUCUCAUAUACAGUAAUAUAUCCUAAAACUUCAGUAUAUAAUUUGCGAUAGGAACUUUUUAUAGUCAUUUUAAUAUUACAGGCAUGACCAUACUACUAUGAUGUCAUGUUUAGACUUUGGUGUAAAGCAGUGGCAUCAUUUGGCUCAUAAAACUGAGGAAAUACAGUAAGAACUAGUUCAAAGUUGUAAAUGAAUGUUGUAAGGCAGAUACAGUAUAACAAGUUAUGAGUGGUUCUUAGUGACUGACAUAUCUGAUAGACAAUGUAACUGUAUGGAUUCAUUCGUAUGAUCCCACCAACAUUCAGUCAAACAAAUUGUUGCACAGCAACCUCACAUGAACAACUGAUGACAGAGAGUUGUAUCCAGAUGGAAUGCACACUACAAUGCAUGUGCAAAAGGUCAGAGGUUAUUCAUGUUUUCAAGUGAAAAGGGCAGGAUAUGGAUGCAUCUCACCUCUAAUUUACCAAGCAAGUUCUACUGUAACUAGGUGCUUUUUCAGCUCAGGCACAGGAAGACCAUUUUGGAAGUUCUUCCUAGUAUCGCCAAAUCUCAGUUUAUUGCCACAAGUUCCUGUUGACUCUAGCACUUCCUGUAGUCCUUUGGUAAGAAAACACGAUAGGCCCCCUGCCAUGAAGACACUGUAAAUUGUAUUGUAUGAAAGUGAUGCCAACUUCAAACAUUUAAGUAUUCAUUACUAUGAAAAUAAAUCUGAAUUAUAUUGGUUUAGAGUAAUAUGCAAGAAAUGUCACUGCAUGUAGUUGUUUUCCACAUCUAAGAAAGGUCUUUGUGAUAGGGUGUGUGUGUGUGUGUGCGCAUGUGUGUGCGUGUGUGCAUGUGUGUGUGUGUGUGUGUGUGUGUGAGUGCGUGUGCGUGUGUGUGUAGUGUGUACAUAGAAGGAUUUGAAGUUGAAAUGGCAGGGUUGUGUAUGAUUGUGGCGAUUAGGAGCUGAGGAUGAGUGUUUGGGUUCCUUUGAGAGGAAGGUGGUGUUUGAUAACUCCUCGGCCCUGAGAACCCCCUGAGUGUGUGUUUGCUUGUGUGUGUUACAUUUCAGAUUGUAUGACUUGUACAUGAAUAUUAAGUCUUAGAAAUACAUUUGAGUAUGUUUUUAACAAGUGGGGAUGAAUAUAAGACAUUGUGUAGGCUUUUACAAAGGCCCUUUGUAGCUCUGGAUUUUCAAUGAGGGAAUAUGUUUAAUUCUGAUAAGAAUCAUGGUUAACAGAAACAGUUCAACCUUUGUGCUGGAGACAGAGUCCUUUUUCUAUGACUGGUGUUGCAUUGCAAUUGGUGUAGAUUUAGUGAUCUUUCUUCUAAGAAAACAAGAGUGAAGAGGUACUGGUGCUACUCCAUUGCGUUUGGUUGUCAUCUCAAGAUUAAAAUCAGACUCAGAAGUCACCCUUCAACCCCUGAAAAACAAAAAGUCAGUGUAGUCUGGCAUCCAGUCCCUGGCGCUCCUCCUUAAUGUGUUGGGGUUUUGCUCCAUCUUUAGUGUGUGGCCGAGUGCCAGGCUUACCUAAAGUGAACCCCCCCCCACCCCCUCAUCCUCCUCCUCUUCACUCCUUCUCUCUCCAGGCCCUUGGACCUCAACUCAUUCAUUUUGACUAAUUCCUUCAGCAAUAAUAUUAAAGAAGAGCAGCAGCAUAUUUACUUUGUAUGCAUUCACAAGCAUUCCCUAGUAGUAAAAACAGUGCUUUCAAGGAAGAGAAUGUGAGUUGAUUGUAUGAUAAAUGCAAUAGCCUGUGAUGCAAGCUUGCAGUAUAAGCUUGUGGUUUAUAUUGGACCAUCUCUUUUCCAGGACAUAAACACAGACACAAGAGGAACAGCGACAAGGUGAAGAGACGUCUGCUGGCCAGCAGCAGCAGCAGCAUGCUGAAUGACCUGGACAGCCUGUCUGCAGGCCUGACUGCCGAUCCCUUCUCCAGAACAGAGAGAGAGAGCAGCAGACGGCCAGCUAAUGACAGCAGCGGUGACUCAGGACCUCACAGGAGAUCAAAGCGCUUCCUCUCCUAUCCCCGCUUUGUAGAAGUCAUGGUGGUGGCAGACAGCAAAAUGGUGGAACAUCACGGGAGCAACCUUCAGCACUACAUACUCACGUUAAUGUCUAUCGUAAGUUCUGCUCAGUUAACCGACCGCAAGCCAGCCAGCCAGCUUUGAUUGUAGGGGAAAGGGGCUGUCUUCUUUUCUGUCCCGGGACAUUGGCAGGCAGGCAGAGGGCUCAGAGGGAAAGGGCAGCCCAGGGAAGGAGUAAACAAAAAUUGUCUAACGGUCAGGAGAGGGGCAGCAUGAGGUGGACCUGUCCUGAGAGCUUUGAUGAAUGUGUAAAAAUAAGCUCAGGUAUGUCGCAUAGAUGGCAUCCUCCUGUCCACUUCAAUAAAUGCUUCCUCAGGCGUCUGUGGCUGAGUGCCUAGGGGGUAGCUAAACUAGCCUAUAUUCUGAUCCUGGCCGUCUGCAUUCUCCACAGGAUCUGACUGCAGCCAUAAUCAACCUCUCAAAUAGGACUAUGAGUCCAGGUUUUGCUUCCCUUAAAACUGCAUGUUGAUAUAGAAUAUCUGAACCACUGAUUGAGUAGACUCCUAAGGGGUUUAAUGUAUGCUGGAUACUGAAAUGUAUUGAUGUAAAAACAUUUGUGUGUCUAUAAUCUUACCCUUCAGGUGUCUUCCAUCUACAAGGAUCCCAGCAUCGGAAAUCUUAUUAAUAUUGUGAUUGUGAAGUUAGUCAUAAUAAACAAUGAGCUGGUAAGAUUACAACUCUAAUCCAUUUCAGAGAAGAUCAAAGCAUUGCAUUCAUUCAUCAGUUCCAGCAGCACAUAACAGUACUGUAAACCUCUCCCUUGUACUCUCUGCUGUAGGAUGGCCCAACCAUUUCCUUCAAUGCACAGACCACUUUAAAGAACUUCUGUAUCUGGCAACAGAGGCAAAAUCACCAAGAUGAGAACCAUCACUCCCACCACGACACAGCCAUUCUCAUCACCAGGUACACUGUCACUCCCACCACGACACAGCCAUUCUCAUCACCAGGUACACUGUCACUCCCACCACGACACAGCCAUUCUCAUCACUAGGUACACUGUCACUCCCACCACGACACAGCCAUUCUCAUCACCAGGUACACUGUCACUCCCACCACGACACAGACAUUUUCAUCACCAUCUCUUGGGGUAAUGGCUAAAGUGUUGGGUUGACAGUCGCUGUCGCUACCCCCUGAAUUCGCUGCAAUAUGUUGUCUUUUGUUGAUAUAAAAGAAUACACUAGUUGACAUAAGGCGUCUCUGGUGUCCCAGUUUUGGGAUGUGAAACCAGUGACAUAACUUCCAUAUGUGUGUUCUUAACAGGCAAGACAUCUGCCGAGCGCGGGACAAGUGUGACACUUUAGGUAAGAGGAGCUCUCAAUAAACAUGCAAUACAGACUGUAUAACAUAACGUUUGAUUGAUGACAGUUUCAUAAUCAUAUUGAUGUACUUAUAAUGAUUCUGCUUUUGAUGGUGCUGAUGACAAUAUAAUGAUGAUGAUGACGAUGCUCUCAUAACAAAUAUGAUGAUGAGAUGGUGAUACUCUUGGUUUGCAGGGCUUGCAGAGCUAGGCACAGUGUGUGAUCCAUACAGAAGCUGCAGUAUUAGUGAGGAUAAUGGGCUCAGCACUGCAUUCACUAUCGCCCAUGAACUAGGCCAUGUGUGAGUACUGCAUGCUCUUUAUUCUUUGAUUGAUUUCAUGUAAUCACAAUUUUAAAGCUGUAUUAGUCAUGCUAUCUCAGGCAGGUGUCUUAUGUGGCCCUGGUUUUCCUCUUAAAAUGUCUCCAAGCUUUAAUACCUAAGUCUGCAUGUGCAACAUCCCAAGUCAGCAUGCACCAGCCAGCCAGCCUUCAUCCAGCUUGGCAAUACAACCCCAGGCUGCUACAUUGGAGACUGUUACAGACUUUAACAACCCUCGUGUCUUAGACAAAUAAUAUUUCUUGCCACACACAAAAGGUGGGAUUGUUGAAAUCCAUUCUUAUUGGCAUCAAGCGCCGUCAAGUCUGCUUAGCGACAAAGCUUGGUGGAAUACAGUACCUACCUGUCAUAUUGUACCAUAGAGGUACCAUAUGGUACAUUACAGUACCAUAGGAGAGAGGUACCAUACUAUAUAAUACCUAUCCCCUGUGACCCUACUCUCCCAGACACUGGCCCCUGCACAGACCUGCUGCUAAUGUUAACCCCAACCAGCCCAGUCAGUUAACCCUGGAUGCCUAAAGGAUGAUGAUUUAUUUACCACAGUCAAACAAAUCUCCCAAAACUGGUCAUUUAGUGGUUAGUUUAGCAAUCAGCCCAACAUGUAGGUCUAUUGAUGGUGGGUUAGACCUGUGUGUUGUGGUAAAUAUAUGUUCUCACUUGUGGUUUGGCCCCCUGACAGAUUCAACAUGCCCCAUGAUGACAGCAACAAGUGCAAAGAGGAGGGGGUUAAAAUGCAGCAGCAUGUGAUGGCGCCCACACUCAACUACUACACUAACCCCUGGAUGUGGUCCAAGUGUAGCAGGAAAUACAUCACAGAGUUCCUUGAGUAUGUAACAGCCAUUGUUUUCUAUUUUAUACAUGCAUGUCAUUAUGGAGAAGUGUUAUUGUCGUUAGCAUUAGUAGCACCGCACACUUAUUGCAGUAAGGGUUAAAUGACCGGUCAGCUAUUCAAUCAAAACUGAUAUCUGAACAUUUCUGCGUUAAAGGAAAACAACAUAACUUCUGUGUUUUUAGUGUAUAUUUGGAAUGUUUAUUACUUCCAUAUAUAGUUUUUGAUUGAAUAGAGCUCCAGCUCUUGUUUUCAUAGGAAUAGCCUUGUAUUACGUACAGUAGGGGUUCUGUUAUUGUACAGAAUACUACCUCUCCAUCUGUACUGAGUGUGUUUUCUGUCUGUUUGUGUCUUUGUUUUUUUUCCUUUUUUCUUUAAGUCAAUUUAUUUUUAUUUCUUAAUAGCACAGGGUAUGGCGAGUGCUUACUUGAUGAGCCCAUUUCUAGGCCAUACAGUCUGUCGCAGCAGCUGCCUGGACGGAUAUACAAUGUCAAUAAACAAUGUGAAUUGAUAUUUGGGCCGGGGACACAGGUGUGCCCAUAUAUGGUAAGAGAAUGGACCACGCAGAAUUCAAAUGACAGUUCACUGUCUAGUCCUACAUUACUAUAGUCGAUGGCUCCAGACAUUCUAUACUAGAGUCACCUUAUUCUGUCUCAGUUGGCUAUCUCUCAGCUAGGCCUUCUGUACAGUAUGUGUUAAAGCAUUUGUUUACAUGCUACUCCUGCUGUGAUUGAAUGUGCCCUGCAAACCGCUGGGCUUGAUGUUUCUCAGGGCUAAGCUCCAGGCUUUGUUUAAAGGGCACACGCCUUGUAAGACAUGGAAGAGUAUAUAGCACUGUGUCUGUGUUUGUGGAUGGGGCUUAGGCAAGGGAAUGGUAACUGUGUGUUGUGUUGUGUGUGUGUGUGUGUGUGUGUUGUGUUGUGUGUGUGAAUGUUCUCCAGGUCCAGUGCCGCAGACUGUGGUGCACCAGCCCAGAGGGGGCCCAGAGGGGCUGCAGGACCCAACACAUGCCUUGGGCCGACGGGACCGAGUGCUCUCCAGGAAAGGCAAGUACCAGAGAGAUGUACCGCAAGAUGAAAGGAUCUGAUAGGGAGAGGGAAGGAAAUGGACAGAUGGGGAUAAAUAGAACGGGUGAGAUGAAGAGAAAGAUAGAGUGAGACUAGCACCAGAUACUUAUGUAGUGUGUACACACAGAGAGAGAGAGAGAGACUAAAAUAGUUUCAUACAUAUCUGUGUAUGAACACACAAACACACUCACAUAUACCCCAAGCCAGCUUUAUCACUUUGCUGGAGCAUACUGGAAACAUUCAAUGUUAUGAACUGUCAAAAUACACCCCAUAAAUAACCACAAAGGAAACUUAGAUUGUAACUUUCUUUGUUCCUGCUGCUAUUUAAAUGACUCACAACUAUAAAAUGUAUUUUUUAAAAAGCCCAAAUGACAAAAGAAAAUAACAAGUUCACAGAAACCUGCCAAGAAAUCAAUUCACCAAUAAAGACUCGAUAUAAACUCGUAAUUGAACAUGAGUGGGACGUAUGUGGCAGUUGCUCCAAAUUCCUCCAUUUGUUUAAACAUGGGUUUGUUUGCUUCAGAGACGGUAUUAUUAUUAGGCAAUAAUAGGCUUAUGGUGGAACUGUGAAUGGAGGCUUGUGGAGAUUUCCCUCUCCAUUCCUGGUUUAGUGUAGCUUCUAAUUAGGCCCUGCACCAAACCCUUCACUUCCUGCCUGUCUGUCUGAUAUAAAAGGGCUGCUGAUGUCCCAUAGCACAUAUGUUCAGAGCCUGCUCUGUUUACACAUUGUAUUCCUGCACACAAACCAACCUCAUGCCAAGCCUAUGCUAUGCUCAACCCUUCAACACCGAGGUUGCCGCUGUUUAGAAUGCAGUCGUUGUCGCCAAGGGAAAUGGAUCCUCCGCUAUAACCUGAAACAUAUAACUUCCUCUCAGACAGACACAUUUGUAAUGGGGCUCUUUUUGGGUUCCGUCUUUUUCCAGUCGUUUUGUAAUUAUUUCCAGAUUAACGUCAAAGGAGGUUGUGAAGUUCUUUCAGUUAGAUGUGUUGCCAGUGUGCAGACUAAAGUUUCAUACUAUCAUGCUCUUUACCGUAGCAGAGAGGAGAGGAGGAGAGAGAGAGAGAAGAGAGAGGAGAAGACGAGAGAGCAGAGAGAGAGAGGAGAGAAAGAGAAGAGAGAGAGAGCUAGGAAAGCUUAGAGAGAGCGAGACUUGUCGUAAUCGAGUAAUCAUCUACUAGAGCUAUCUUCAGAUGCGCCUCUUCACGAGCGAUAAUACUCAAUAGAGGGGAGGAGGAUGCAGAUCUGCAGAGAUGAGCGGGUGCUACGAGAUCAGUAUGCUGAGAGCUCUACGAGGCGAGCAGAGACUGCGAGACGAAGAUCACUCUCCUUCCUCUCUCUUCCCUCUCUCUCUCUCUCUCUCUCUAUCUCUCUCUCUCUCUCUCUCUCUCUCUCUCUGCUCGCUCUUUGUCUCUGUCUCUCUCUUUCUCUCCACAGCACUGUAAACAUGGCCAGUGCAUUCCCAAGGAGCACGACGCCACCCCUGUGGAGGGGGCGUGGGGAGGCUGGUCUCCAUUUGGCUCCUGCUCGCGGACGUGUGGCGGGGGCAUCAAGAUUGCCGUGCGCGAGUGCAACCAACCUGUGUAAGCACAGUCUUUGUAGUCAUGCACAUCUACUGGACUGUGUCUCCCUACGAGCUGCCGUGGUCAACGUACCAUACCAUCAAGCCUCCUUAAAUGAAUUCUUUCCAUAGCAAUCCUAAAGUACAGUCACAGCAGAUUUGACGAUGUGUCUAUCUACCACCUUCCUCCAGGCCCAAGAACGGGGGGAAGUACUGUGUGGGGCGCAGGAUGAAGUUCCGCUCGUGUAACUCAGAGCCCUGCUCCAAGCAGAAGAAAGACUUCAGAGAGGAGCAGUGUGCUGCCUUCGAUGGCCGGCACUUCAACAUCAACGGUCUACCUCCUAACGUGCGCUGGGUACCCAAGUACAGCGGAAGUAAGAAAAUCUCCUCUCUCUUUAAGCCUUCUUGGUUUUGCAUCUUACUAACACAGAGAAAAAUAGACUGGACUGUUGGGCCUUUAGAAAGAGUGCCAUUGUAAGCUAACUAAGAUUUUCUGUAGAAGUGCAAAAAGCAUUCUGAGUGCUCUGUGAAUCAAUGUGAUAUAGCAUGAGGAGUCAUGUGAACUUGUUGGAACAUCCAAAUAGCUGAAUUUUCAUUAGCCCCUUUAAUGUGGUCAGUGGACUGUUUUCACCAUUCCCCCUUCCUCUUCUGUCCUGUAGUUCAGAUGAAGGAUCGCUGUAAGCUGUUCUGCAGGGUGGCUGGCAGCACGGCCUACUACCAGCUCAGGGACCGGGUCAUCGACGGCACGCCAUGUGGCCCUGACACCAACGACAUCUGUGUGCAGGGCCUGUGCAGGGUGAGACUGACACACAGCCUUUAACGACCUCAGCCUGACAGUUAACCUAAUAUGCCAUUCAUAACAGUCAUAAGAGCUGUUAUAACAGCUGUCAUAAUGGCAUUCUUUUAAAAUGAGGAGAAUAUUAUUCACGGAGGAGGUGUGGUUCUUCAUUUUACUGUACUGUUGAGCUAAAGCUCUAAAGCCCAUCAUCCCUAUUACAGGCAACUCGAACUAAAACCAAUUAUACCAGAAUAGAGUUUCACUGUGGUGCUGUUUACAAUAGAGAAUUCCUGUCAGGUGUGUUACAGUUACAUGAACUUAACACACUUAACCGGGUUAGAUUCUGUGUAUUAGGAAACAAUUCAUUAGGUCAUAGGGUUUUAUCCCUGCAUGCUGGUAGAGGGUUGCAGAGCACAGUACAGGAUUUCAUAAGAAAUUCCACUACUUUAAUGACACUUUUGCACAAAUACUAAAAUCCCAGCUGUGUCAAUGUUUAUCAAUGAGAUCCUGUCAAGCAAAUGAAUGUAAGAGUGAUGAGUCUCAUGCUGUAGUACUAACUGAUAUUUAUCCCUCCCUCUCAUCAUCUGACUUCCCCCCCCCCCCCACACACACUUUCUUCUCCUCCACUUCCUUCUCCUCAUUAUCCUCCUCUCCUUUCUCCUUCUCAUCCCUGUGCAGCAAGCGGGAUGUGACCAUGUGUUGAAUUCCAAGGCGAGGAGAGAUAAGUGUGGUGUGUGUGGCGGUGAUAACUCCUCGUGCAAGACCGUGGCAGGCACCUUCAACAUAGUGCGCUAUGGUGAGCCCAGUGCCAGUCAUGGUGUUCAAACUGUGUGUCAUCACAAUGACUAAAAAGUGUCAUUGAAACCUUUUCACUAUCCCAUUAUAUACUGAACACUGACCUAGUCAUGUCCACUCAGAGACGUUGAGUUCUCCUCUGCUUGUUGUGCUGCAGGAUACAACGAAGUGGUGAGAAUACCCAGUGGUGCUACAAAUAUUGAUGUGCGUCAACACAGCUACUCAGGGAAACCAGAGGACGAUAACUACCUUGGUAAGACUCAAACUCACUAUCAAAACACUUUUAGGGUCUUGUUGGCUGUGGAAUUUUAACAUUAGCUGGAGCAUUUGAUUUGUCACUGUCUGUCAUGUCAAAGUUCAGUAUGUCUAACAUUCAGAGGUGUCAACAGUAUUCUCUUCUUGAGCAGAUAUGUUAUGUCUGGUUGGUGGUGCUACUGUAGUGUUCUGCCUGUCCUCAGCUGAGAGCUUUGGAGGGCCCGUUGAACCUGGCAUGUUGGAGAGUUUGGGGCACACAUGCUAACGCGUUAAUUACCCAGAACUCACAUAGCCCUCUGGGUGUAAUUUCAUUCUCUCUGUGCUGCUCGUAAAAGCUACUAUGCUUGUGUUUCUUGGUGUUUCUUUGUUCGCGUGUGCAUGUGCGUGUGCGUGCGUGCGUGACUCUCUGCGGGUGUGCUGGGGCCUAAAGGGAACAGGGAGGGAACAGGGGGUAAGGGGGCUUGUGGGAAGUGGGCUGGUCUCUGUGGCCACAUUACUGUGAUGUGUGAAAUGGCGAGGAAAGUAACUCAGGAAAUUAGCUCCAUAAUCGCAUUAGUGUGAAUGUGUGCAGCAGACUGACUGAUGAACAGAACAGGAGGACUGAGAUUCCUCCAGUAGGAAUGUAGGAUUAUUUUACCCCAAUUAGGUUUAUCUGCUCUCUGUUGCAGGCCUUACUGUAAAUGAAAACAUCAGCUGUUAUGCUGCUCUAUGUUUUUAUCACUGUGUUAAGUGAAAGUUUGUUUACAGUUGACCGACUCUCUUUUCAAACCAACUCUACAGUAUGCCCAUGCAAACACUCUGCUCGAUUUCCUCAAGAGAAGGAAAAAGGAGUUUAGGGAACUCAUUAAAGACACUUGUGGUUUUUCACCCUGUCCCGUACUGUACUUUCAAAAUCUUAUGCCAUCUUAUUUAUCCAUGUAAGUGUCACCUCCUCUCUCUUUUCUGCAGCUGUUUCAAACAGUCGUGGUGACUUCCUGCUCAAUGGCGAGUUUGUGGUCAGCAUGUUUAAAAGGGAAAUCAAAGUGGGCAAUGCUGUCAUCGAGUACAGCGGAUCCGACCACGUCAUCGAGAGAAUCAACUGCACUGACCGCAUCGAGGAAGAGAUUAUUGUCCAGGUAACAACUUCUUACCUGACCGUUGAGAAGGUGACACAGUUAAUUUGGUUAUGAUACAAAUGGAACAGUGGAACUGUACUGAUUGUUCUGUUCCUCUGCCCUCCUCUCACUCCUCAGGUGCUUUCUGUAGGUAACUUGUACAACCCAGACGUCCGGUACUCCUAUAACAUCCCCAUCGAGGAUAAACCCCAGCAGUUCGUCUGGGACGCCUAUGGGCCCUGGCAGGACUGCAGCAGGCCCUGCCAAGGUGAGGGAUGGGAAGGGAACGUAAGGGGUGUAUGGGUUAGGGGGAUAAAGAGAAGAUGAGGGGAUGUUGGUGGAGAGUUGAGGUGGUGGAGGAGUGUGUGAAAGGUGAUGGGGUGUGGGUAAGGAGGUGUGGAGGAAGGUGAAAGGUUGAGGGAGAGAGGAGGUGAGGCUGUAGGUGGCUGUAUCUGACCACUAUUAAGUCCUCUAUAGUCGCCAAGGCUCCUGCAACCAAGGGUUUUCUAUGAUGUACUAAGAAUUUCUCAUGAAAUAGUGGAGAACAGUGGACCAUACAGUGCUGUCAGUGCGGUGUGAAGCAUCAGGAGUCAGAUGGAAUUCAGGUGCAAAAUUGGAUCUAUUAAUAUUGACAGGAUGUUGAUGGACACUGACUUAAAGACUUAUAGAGUCAAAAUAAUAAACAGAUAAUCUAAAGGGCCAAUAUACUGAAUCUACAUUUGCCUUCUAAUACAGAGUAAUAAUAAUAUAUGCCAUUUAGCAGACGCUUUUAUACAAAGCAACUUACAUUUUACGUAUGGGUGUUCCUUGAAAUCAAACCCACUACUCUGGCAUAACAAGCGCCAUGCUUUACCAACUGAGCUACAAAGGACCACUUUCAAACAAGACAGAGCACCUUUAACUUUGACAUAGCGUCAAUAAUUCCUCACACAGCUGAGUUUAGCAGAGUCUGGGACAACAUGUCACUCCAGCCUAUGCGCUCUUGAAAAUUAUUCCUCUUCGGUAGUGUUUUAGGGCAGACUACACCUGAAACGUUGUAUUGCCGCCCACUACUGGAUGUGGGAAAUAAAAAAGGGAGGAAAUCCCAAACAAAAACCCCUCAGUCCUUCAAAAUACACUCAGAGCCCUACUCAGAUCUGGUGACCUGAGGGGACAGAACUGCUGCUCCAUUCAGUACGCCAUGCAGCUCCUCACCUGUUUCAUCCUUCAUUCCCAAGACGCGUUCAGCUGCAGAUAAGAUGAUAUCGAUCUUUCUUGAGUUCUUAUCCACUCCUGCAGUGCAGUUUAUCACCAUAGCAAUAAAUUACAAAAAAUUGACUUUCUUCACGACAAGGAUAUCUGGAUCCUGCACCUUGCGAACGGAACCCACAGCACUGAACUUCGGUGUCUCUGCCUCUGCAUAGGAGACACGCUGAACAGCUCUUAUCCUAGCGAUCUCUGCCUCCUUCAACUUUACAGGACAUUCAGGGAACUCAUGCUUCCCACCACAAUUGCGACAUGCAACGUCAUCUUCCACAGCAAAACAAUCACUCAAGUCAUACUCUCUGGAAACACUUGACACAUGUCCAAACGCUUUGCAGUUGGAACACUGCAGUAACCUGGGGACAAAUGCCCUCACAGUGUAACUCACAUAUGCCAUCUUGACAUGUAUAGGGAGCGACUCCCCAUCAAAAAACAGUAACACAGACGUACUCUCUACCUUCUUUUCAUUCACGCCCUUGAUUGGUGCCCUGCUCCGAAAAUCGAAGGUAGUCACCUCUUUCUCCUUGAUUCUGGUGAGGCACAACGCGCGCUCCUUUUACCACCACAAACCGAUGCUGGCACUAAGACCACACUCAACGAGCUGUAUAAGGCCAUAAGCAAACAAGAAAAUGCUCAUACAGAGGCGGCGCUGCUAGUGGCCAGGGACUUUAAUACAGGGAAGCAUGGACUACAAAGGGAAGCACAGCCGCGAGCUGCCCAGUGACGAGCCUACCAGACGAGCUAAAUUACUUCUAUGCUCGCUUCGAGGCAAGCAACACUGAAACAUGCAUGAGAGCAUCAGUUGUUCCGGAUGACUGUGUGAUCACGCUCUCCAUAGCCGAUGUGAGUAAGACCUUUAAACAGGUCAACAAUCAGACGGAUUACCAGGACGUGUAUUCCGAGCAUGCGCUGACAACUGGCAAGUUUCUUCACUGACAUUUUCAACCUGUCCCUGACUGAGUCUGUAAUACCAACAUGUUUCAAGCAGACCACCAUAGUCCCUGUGCCCAAGAACACUAAGGUAACCUGCCUAAAUGACUACCGACCCGUAGCUCUCACGUCUGUAGCCACAAAGUGCUUUGAAAGGCUGGUCAUAGCUCACAUCAACACCAUUAUCCCAGAAACCCUGGACCCACUCCAAUUUGCAUACCGCCCCAACAGAUCCACAGAUGAUGCAAUCUCUAUUGCACUCCAAACUGCCCUUUCACACCUGGACAAAAGGAACACCUACGUGAGAAUGCUAUUCAUUGACUUCAGCUCAGUGUUCAUCACCAUACUGCCCUCAAAGCUCAUCACUAAGCUAAGGACCCUGGGACUAAACAUCUCCCUCUGCACCUGGAUCCUGGACUUCCUGACGGGCCGCCCCCAGGUGGUAAGGGUAGGUAACAACACAUCUGCCACGCUGGUCCUCAACACCGGGGCCCAUCAGGGGUGCGUGGUCAGUCCCCUCCUGUACUCCCUGUUCACCCAUGACUGCAUGGCCAAGCACGACUCCAACACCAUCAUUAAGUUUGCCAACGACAGAACAGUGGUAGGACUGAUCACUGACAACAAUGACAGCCUAUAGGGAGGAGGUCAGAGACCUGGCCGUGUGGGGCCAGGAUAACAACCUCUCCCUCAACGUGAUCAAGACAAAGGAGAUGAUUGUGGACUACAGGAAAAGGAGGACCGAGCACACCCCCAUUCUCAUCAACGGGGCUGUAGUGGAGCAGGAUGAGAACUUCAAGUUCCUUGGUGUCCACAUCACCCACCAGCUAUCAUGGUCCAGACACACCAAGACAGUCGUGAAGAGGGCACGACAAAGCCUACUCCCCCUCAGGAGACUGAAAGGAUUUGGCAUGGGUCAUCAGAUCCUCAAAAAGUUAUACAGCUGCACUAUCGAGAGCAUCCUGACUGGUUGCAUCACCGCCUGGUAUGGCAACUGCUCGGCCUCCGACCGCAAGGCACUACAGAGGGUAGUGCGUACGGCCCAGUACAUCACUGGGGCCAAGCUUCCUGCCAUCCAGGACCUCUAUACAAGGCGGUGUCAGAGGAAGGCACUAAAAAUUGCCAAAGACUCCAGCCACCCUAGUCAUAGACUGUUCUCUCUGCUACCGCACGGCAAGCGGUAUCGGAGCGCCAAGUCUAGGUCCAAAAGGCUUCUUAACAGCUUCUACACCCAGCCAUAAGACUCCUGAACAGCUAAUCAAAUGGCUACCCGGACUAUUUGCAUCUUUUUACGCUGCUGCUGCUCUCUGAUUAUUAUCUAUGCAUAUUCACUUUACCUCUACCUACAUGUACAUAUUACCUCGACUAACCUGUGCCCCCGCACAUUGACUCUGUACCGGUACCCCCUGUAUAUAGCCUCACUACUGUUAUUUUACUGCUGCUCUACAAAGAUUUGUUAUAUUUUUCUUCCUUUUUUAUUUUUAAUUAUGUUUUUUUUAACUUAACACUUAUUUUUCUUAAAACUGCAUUGUUGGUUAAGGGCUUGUAUUCGGCGCAUGUGACAAAUAACAUUUUAUUUGAUUUAUUGACGUUUUUUGCUUUGCCAUCAACUCCAAUUCGGCUGGGGGGCACAGAAUAUUCUCCUCCUAGUCCGUUUAUUAAAUAGCAUAGGCUACAGUAACGAAUAAUAGCAACAGCAAAAUACAUCACAUUUUUACUAAAUAUGUUUGGAGUUUUGGCAGUCAACAUUGUUGUACUUGCUUCACCUAUACAGGUCGUUCCACCAAUUGGGUGCCUUUUGAGUAGAGUAACUUGGUGAUUUAUUAACCUAAUUUUAACGUUCUGUCAUAAGGAGCACCUGUUCAUCUUAAUAAAAAACAUGUUUUGCCAUCUCAAGAGGUUAAAUAAACAAAAUGAUGAUAGUAAGUGCCUAUUAAGUGCCAGGUAAAGUAACAGGGUUGUCCAUAACAGGGUUGAUGAUUUAAUCUUAAAUCAGCCAUAAAUACCGCUGUGCAACAGAGAGGGGGGUGAUUAAAUUAAAGCUUGACAAAAACUAUUGAAAUUGUUAAAACAUUUCUAGUCUGUCUAUCUAUGGGUAACAGGGUUGACAUAAUAUGCUCAAUUUUCCACCACAAAACACCAGAAAAUUGCAUAAAAAGAUUAGAACCAGCUCACCUGCUUUUACACUAGGGUUUGACAAUAAUGUUUAUUUAGAAAAAAAUAUUUAAAAGGAAUAGUUUCACCAUAUUAAAAUGAGAGUUCAGUUCACAUAACAGGGUUGACCUUAAAAUGAGGGACAGUUUAUUUUUAUGGAUCACUAAUCACAUUAAAUAAAUAAAUAACAAUCACCAGAAAUGACUUCGUCAAAGCAACAUAAUAACUAAGGCUUUACAAUGAUUGUGAAAACUUUGAGAAAUGUUGGGGUUAAGUCACAGAGGGUGCACAGAGGGACAUGUCAAAAUGCUGAAUUGUGGCACGUUAGAUUUAUUAAAUUUUCCAUGUGGUGUAUAUUAAAGGGCAAUUUAUUUAAUAUAACAGGCUUUGAAAAUACAAUAUUGGUGCACAAUUUCUACUGAAAAUAUGAAAGGGACUCAAAAGGCACUCAUUUCGUGGAACGACCCAUACAUGCAUGUCUUUACGCAUCGCUCUUCUCCUGAAAUAAAGAAUACUACGCUCCCUUUAAAAUGUUUGUAGGCUAUGUGUGAGGCACAUUUGCAAUAAGCAAAAUAUAGGCCUAUCCAUCAUUGAUAUGGCAUUAUAGGACUGAAUAAUUUGAAUAAGAAAGGAGGACUGUGUUUUUGGUAACCGGACAACAGGCACUCUGGAAAUGGGGAUGAUAUCAGCGAAAUUGAAUAUGCAGGUAGGACUAUGUUAAUUGUAAAUAAUGCAAAAGCAAAACGGCAAAAGCCUCGCUUAGAAACCUUUUAUGGAUGGGCUACUUGGCUUACGCAUGGCCAGGAUAAGAAAGAUACCUGACUUAUUGCUGCUGAACCACCUUUCAUUAUAGUAGUGUAAGGGUAGCCUACUGAGGACUUGGUUUUUAAUCUAAUGAAACGAAAAACAAGCAAUUGUUACAGGAAAAUAACUUAAAUGUUUCUAAAUACGAGGGUCACUGGCAUCAUCUCUCAUUCUAAGAGCUGGCUAAAAUAAAGUUGCCUACAAUACAUAGAUUAAAAGGGGAUGUCCGCUUACUGUUUUACUGCUCCCAACUUGAUCUUUUAAUAACACUUUGGUGAUAAAGAUUUAUUAAAAAGCUGUCUCAUGAGCCAAACCCUUUAAUGAUAGUCUUGGUUACUUGGCGAAUGGAUAUGGCAGGAGAAGAAAUAAACAGACCCAAGGCUAUGCUUGGUUUCUAAUUAAAUUAAACAAAAUGGAAAAAACAUUGUUUUUUCAUGUUUCUAAAUACAAGGUUCACAGGCACAAAAAGCACAUAUCUCUUGUUCCAUGAGCAUAUGGGCACUGUGCGUCACGGCUGGAUAGGCUGGCUUCCGCUGUCAAAAUCCAUGACAUAAUCAACCGUGUUACCGCUAAGACCUGCUUUUGGUGAGUCUUAAAUCUCCCUAUUUGCGCUGAAUGAAAUGGUCACUUUUGCGCUAGUUUUAAGGACACACCUCAAAUAUUCCCACCCUUCCCACCUCAGGGCAAGUAAGCUGAUGUUAGACAGGUAAAUUUGCGGAACCUAACGUUUGACACCUGGCUGACAAUAGAGCCUGUAGUGUCUUUCUUCACUAAUACAUUUCUAUUUAUCUAUGUGGAUUUACUGCCAGUUUUACUGAUUUACAGCUUAUAAUGCUUGGUUAUAAAAAUUGAGAACAGAAGGUAUAGAUGGAAGAGUGAUGUUUCUUAGAACGCUUUUUGAAAAAAACUGAUUUUGCUAUGAUUUAAACAAUGGGGACAUCAAACGCGAUUCCUGGAGGCACACACUCCUGCUGAUUUAGACUCCCAAGGAAUACAAGCUUGCAUGAACUUUCUAGCCAAUCAAUUGAUCAAUUCAAUGCCAGUGACUUGGAGGAACUAAAAGCAGCAGGACCAUGACCAAGGAACUAAACCCUCUCUCCCACCCCAUCAGGAGAGCGUAAGAGGAAGAUCCUGUGUAGUAGAGAGUCAGACCGUGUGGUGGUCUCAGACCAGAGGUGCCAUGGGGUCGCCAGACCAGCCAUGGUCACAGAACCCUGCAACGCAGAGUGUGAAAUCAGGUACUACCUAAACCACUCUCAAUCGCUUUACCUGUCUGUGUCGCAGAUUAUUUUUCUUUAUAUCUCUGAUAUGUAUGCUGAAUUAUUGGUUAAGGGUUUGUAAGUAAGCAUUUCACGGUAAGGUCUACACCUUACUUGUAUUCGGCGCAUGUGACAAAUAAAAUGUUAUUGUAUUUUAUUUUAUUUUAAUUUGUUUGAUACAAAGUUCAGUUUUAUCCUGUCAGCGUCUUUCACCUUUGACCUUUCCUGUCUGUGUAGGUGGCAUGUGGCGAGGAAGAGCGAGUGUACAGUCCCAUGUGGAGUGGGAUAUCGUACGCUGGAGAUCUACUGCGCCAAACUCAGCCGUGCCGAUGGAAAGACCCAGAAGGUGGACGAGCGUUACUGCAGCAGUCAACGCAAACCUGAAGACAAGGAGAGUUGCCAAGGAGACUGCAACCCAGGCGGAUGGGAGUACUCAUCUUGGUCAGAGGUGAGACCGCCUGUCAUGGUUUUGGGGGGUUUAGAAAAAGAGAAGGAAAAGGCUUAAUAUGUGUGUGCGGGUGUUGCAGUGUUCCAAAAGCUGUGGCGGAGGGUCCCGGCGUCGUGCGGCUGUGUGUGGAAAGUCUUCUGAGGCGGGAAGUGAUGAGAGCAAGUGCAGUCAGAGAGACAAGCUGACCACCGUCCAGAACUGCAAUGAGUUCCUAUGUCCCAUGUGGAAGACCGGAGACUGGUCUGAGGUCAGUUAUAUGGAGAAUGUUUGGACUACGCUUUGGGAAUGUUACUUAUCAUUUGAAGUUAAUUGAGGAAUUUUGAAAUGUUAGAAUUUUGAACCCAGAUGGCCUUUUUACACUACGACCAGUUUGCAGCCAAAUCAGGGUUCUGAUUCUACACCUGACAGCUGACGUAGUGUAAAAAUAACAUUUGCAGGACAGAAUUAUGGGAAUAAUCUUUAAUUUUUUUGACUAAGGAAUUCUACUCCUGAUAUAAAGAGGAAGUAUUAAAAAUGUAAAAAUGACUGAGCGCCAGUGAAGUGGGUCAAAGGAAAUCCUAAUGUUGAUAAUAAGUGUCCUUGGUAUGUCUUGUCAUGUACGGUGCAUAACUGUACCAGUGUUUGUGGGGUAAUAACUAGCUUUAUUGUAUAGUUUACACAUUCUGUCCAAGCAGCUCAAAAGGCUUUGAGUGCGCCUACACAAACAAACACAUACUGUACACACAUAGCUAGCCUACUGUACAUGUCAAUCUAUGUGCCCCUGUUUCUCAUUGUGCCCGAUGACUGUUGUUGCAGUGCCUGGUGACGUGUGGGAAAGGGUACAAGCAUCGGCAGACAUGGUGCCAGUUUGCGGAGGACCGACUGGACGACCGCUUCUGUGACUCUAUGUCCAAGCCUGAGUCAGUCCAGACGUGUCAGCAGCAGGAUUGUGCUUCGUGGCAGGUCGGACCUUGGGGACAGGUGAGUCACGCCUGUUGGAAAGUUGACAUACAGUACAGUGACAUGUUUAUGAGAGUGGUGACAUGGCUUUGUGACAGGUAAUAUUAUGAUCUGUUUGCCAAGUGGCACACACUAUGUUCCAGGUGACAUCUGUGGCUUACAGUCACCCCCUGUUCCUCAAAGACAAUAGUGUUGUGUCUUGUAACAGCUAACGAUUAUGUGAACAUAUUAUGUGUCAUUCCAACUGUGUCCAAAGGUUUCUAAUAUUAGAAUAUGACCCAAUGAAGCAGCUAUUUAUACAAUCUAUCAUAAUAAACCCAUUUUGCUUCAGAGUUUUAGCUAUGUGGAACUCUGUCCAUGAGGCUAUACAGAGGCUAAUGUGAUUUAAAAAAAUUAUCUCAUAUGAACUUUCUCUAGAUCACAGGAGGUUGGUGGCACCUUAAAUGGGGAGGACAGGCUUGUGGUAAUGGCUGGAGCAGAAUCAGUGGAAUGGUAUCAAAUACAGUACAUCAAACACAUGGUUUCCAUGUAUUUGAUGCCAUUCCAUUCGCUCCGUUCCAGCCAUUAUUAUGAGCCGUCCUCCCCUCAGCAGCCUCCACUGCUCCAGAUGUAGAACAAUGACAGGAGAAAGAUAAGCUAAGCCACUCAUUUAGUCUAUCCCCCAUUUACUCUGCUGUUUAGGCACAUUGCUGACCAUGCCAAAAUAAGCAUACACAAUCUGUACACAAUCUGUGUAGACAUACUCCCCUAUGCUUAUGCUUGCUAAUGCAUCACCAGUUUAUAUCUCUCAGAACGGAAAAAAAACCUUCUCUGUAGCAAUUCUUAGGCUAUAGACUUUAAAAGGUAUCGCAACGUUUUGCAAAUCAAAACUGGGCACUUCAUCUUAACACAGCUUGUGUGUGCAAACUGCCUAUAAGCCUAAACGUGUGACAGAGAUGGUGUUCCUAUACCAUGGAAUACGCAAUCAUGCUAAAUGUAUAUUUGAAGCCGUUUAAUGAAGCGCGUGGAAUCUUAGCUGAAGUUGCUGUCACACAAGUUUGACCUCGUUUCAUUGGAGUCAGUGAGGUAGAAGAGAGUGUGGUGUGUACCCACUGACUUGGCUACAGUGGAAAAAAAGAAGUAGAAAGUAGAUUAAUUACUCAUGCAUUAUGAUCCUCAAGGCUGUUAUCUGCUGGCACUAGUCUGACCAUGCUAGUCAGGGAGAGCCCUUCUUUUCCUUUUAGUUACUCAUUUUUGGGAAGAUUUGCUAUGUUGGCUUGUUUUUGUCCCUCUCUGACUAUCUCUCUCUCCCUCUCUUUCUCUCUAUCUUUCUCUCCAUCACUCUCUUUCUUUAUAUCCCUCUUUUCUCUUACUCUCUCUUUGGUGAACUCAGUGCACUACCUCGUGUGGACCCGGCUACCAGAUGCGAGCCGUGAAGUGCGUUGUGGGGUCAUACGGAUCCGUCAUGGAUGACACUGAAUGUAACGCUGCCACGCGGCCCACUGACACUCAGGUAAGGACACAGUCCACUAAGACCCAUCUCAACAUCUCUAUAACUUCCCCUCAUCUCCUCUGCACUGAUCUGGACAAUUGACAUGGGAUAAGUGAAAGCAAUGUAGUGGAUGCCUUCACAUUUUGUGAAAAUGCUUUUAUAUACUGCCCUUGGAUACUACUCAGUUUUCAAGUGAUAUUUGUGAGAAUAUAACUUCUAGGGAGGCCUACAUGCAAUUUUCUCAAUAUUAGGCCACCCAGGGCUUGACUGUCAGACUCAGUAGAACACACAAGACCCUAACCUGCUCCUGACACUUGAAUGCUUGGUUGUGAGCUGACCAUGUGACUUGCCCUAUCUCCUCAAGUUGUAGAAUGUUGUUUAAUACUAUAGUGAGGAAAGGGGGGUUCCCCAUGCAGGCUGAGACACAGGUACAGUCAAUGGCACACUGUGAGGUAGGAAGGAAGUCCCACACCCAGUCCAUUACAACCUGGACUCAAUAAGGCCUUCUUGUCUAGAGGGGGGUUGGAGGGGGGCUGUGCUGGGCCGCUCUUACCCCCAGACGGAGACACAUAGCUGGGAUUGUCUCCCUCCAGCAGUCCGUCCCCUUACCAAGCAUGAGGGAGCAGGAAAGAGGGCCUGUCCAUGGCAGGUACGCACAACAGCUCCUGUCAAGGAGCAGGAGGGGGUCUGGGGGUGGGUGAUCGAGGGGGAGCUGGCUCUAACCCCAGAAACAGAAAGAUUUUGCGGUAACAGUAGGCCACGGGGCAGGGCUGGUGACGGGGGAAAACAUUCCUGGAUUAUUUGUGGAAAAUGUCCUCACCUUGGUUAUGUAAGUCACACCUACAGUCUGCUAUGGGUAUCAUUUGUCUGUAAAAAAGUAUUGUAGUAUAGUAUAAUAGUCUAGUUUCCCACCUUAAUGUCUGUCUGUUAACAGUCUUGUAUUGGAGUUUCAUAGGCUGGUUCUCCCCACUUUAUGUGAACCUAUCUUUAAAACCUCUUCAGUAAGACAAUUCCUGCUCUGUUGAAGUGUCAUGACCAAGACAUAGACAGUGAACACAAACAGUUCUGGACUAAUUUGCCCACAUUUCACUAGCCUCUACUUUUAUGAACCUCUCCAUGCAUCAGUUUAGUUUAUUAGGGCUUGCUUCUUUCUUCUUCAUGCUAAUAGUGGGAAGGCAGGAUGGACCGUUUUUCCGGGGCAUGGCGAGCGGGUCGUGGUUGAGUGGGGUGUGGAGGGGUUGGGUGUGGAGGGGUGAGCCAUAAACACAGGCUGAGACUCCGGUCACAGGGAGGCCCCCCUGGUCCAGGCCUUAAUUCCCGACUCAGCCAUCAGGCCCAGUGACCCUGAACCAGUCACUUCAUCUCCCUGUGAUUCCAGCCAGUCAUCCGUGAAGUCGGCUCUGAGGCCGCCCACCCUAAACCACUCCGGGGCUGGAAAAGGGGGAAAGAAGACAGAAUGGAGCUUAUGUUUCAGGACGCCUGUCUCUACCUCAGUUGACCAGUGAGUAGGAGGAGAGAAAACCAAAAAAUACACAACGAUGACUGAACACUUGCCUCCUACACACCUACCCACAGACGGGAACACAACAUGGGUCUUUCUAUAAACUAGGGUACCAGUGAGCAUUUCUUGUCGUGGACAACUGUUUGGAGCUGUUGCAAAGUCAUUAAUAAUAAUUUGCCUCUUUUUAAUGUGAAUACAUUAAGAUAUAAAGGGGGAACAUAGAUACAUUCAAUAUAAUUCACAAGUCGAAUGAAAACCUUUGUUUAAACUCUUCACAGAUUUGGCAAAAAUCUCGUGACAUAAAAUAUUACCAUUCUUUCCUUACAUUUAUGAUACUGCUGUUUGUCAUUAUAUCAUAUACUAAGAAUUUAACAAUUGAAUUACACAUCGAAAUUGAUCCUGUAACAUUUCUGGAUAUAGGCUCUUUUUUGUAUGGAGAUCUCAGAAGUGCACUGUAACCUCGUAACAUUUCGUAUUUCCCUAUGUUAUGGUGUGAAAACAGUUUUCAUAGGCACACAUAUCCAAAAUAAUGAAUGGAUUGCAAAAUUGAAUGCUUCUAACAGAAAGAGCAACUUUAACAAGAUUAAUAAAACAAAAAUCGAUACUGUCAUUAACGGGGUUCUUCAAUAAUUAUAGUUGUUUGAUGAGCAUUUUAUGUUUAGCUGUUUAGUUAAGUGGGGAAAUUAUCGUGCAACAUCAGCUGAUUCAGGAAAGGAUUGUGAAGUGAUUAAAAGCUGGUGUGAUACAGCAUGUGAUUGAACAAUUAAUGUUGAUCUGGAGAAUUGACAGAACAUUUUGGUGUCUAUAUUGUUGUGGCGGUCAAGUUAAUUAGCCUAUGUCGUGGACAACAUUAUGUCAAGAUUCCUGAGGUAAGAUUACGUACGGUCCGUGUACUUUUUGAUCGCAGUAGCAGUGUGUGUGUAAAAUCACCGGUGAACCCAAGCCCAACCAAAUAUAAGCCAUAUUACAACCUAUGUUUUGUGAUAGUUGCGUUGUUUGCUCUAUAAACACAUGCCUUGACACCGUGAUAUAAAGGCCUAAGGCCGAAACAAUAAGAAGGCAGUGGCUGAAUAAAUUCAACCACACCUUUGUUUCAUCACAAAACCAGAGAGCAACAUCUGUCCGGUGGAGUUUACAAAGCAUAUUGCAUACAGCAUGGUCAAGCAAGUUAAUGUUCCCGACAUUUUCGGACCACUAAACAACUAUUGAUUUAGAACCUCGGAGAGUUACCACAAGUCGCAAAGAAAACAGGCGCUGCCUCCACUAAUCCAGCACCAUUUCAUCUUUAACAUUUCAACAUGAUCUAAUCUCCUAUGCUUAGUUUAAUACAGUGACAACUAAAAGAUACCAAAAACGAUUUAGUCCAAUAAACGCAAGCUAAAUAUUAUGUGGCUUUACAUGGUACUGAUUUCUGUGUGUGUGUGUGUUUGUGUGCGUGCGUGCGUGCAUGCUUGCAAGUAGAAAAAACAUGUUAACUCACUCUUGUAGACAAACGCCAAUGCCAUCCUCCUCUUUCAAGUUACCCAAAAUGUCUAUGAGUCUGUCAUACAGUACACGCUUUAAGUUUUUGUUGUCCUAGGCUACCUGGCUAAAAUGCUUGCUCACUAGCCUAACUUGCGCCAGGCCAGCUAGUUAACAUUAGCCUACUACAUCUAGCUACAUGUUGAACUUCUAUCCUCUUAGGCCAUGCGCACAAUGUAUUAAUUUAUGGUUGGAUCACAAUCACUGUUAUAAUCAUUGGCCAGUACAGAGAAUUAAGUAAAACGUAUUAAAAAGUAUUAAGUCCAAAGCCCUAUCUCCAUCCAUGGCUAAUUUAGGAACGGGACGAUUUUAGCAAGCUAGCUAGCCACCGGAGGACAAUAACACAAUGAGAUGCAACAAUUCAAUGACGUUUGGCUUAUGAUAUGAUUGGUGUGAAACCAAAUCCAAACUGGCUUCCCUUGACAUUUUUUCUUUGGUGUGCCAGGGCCAUUCACAGCUGAACUCAUUCAGUUUAGCGCAACGCUGAUUGGCUAUUAUUUAUUUUAACAACAUUUCAAGGGAGGCCAAAUGCUCACUGGCUUACCUUAGAUAGAUGGGUUACACGUACUGUGAAAGAGGGGCACUGUUUUGUUCACUUGGAUGCUUUCUCCGGUGAGAUACAUUCAGCCUCUUGCAAAUUGAAGUACAUUUUGGAAACACAGAGAUGAAAUUAUUUUGUUUCUUUUUUUCUUGGUACAUUUUUUGGGGAAGCCUGGCUUCCCUUGGCAGCCAUGAAUACACGCCACUAUUUGAUCGUUUGUUUUCCGAGUUAAAAUGGCGCAAUCGGGAAAUAAAAAACGGCUUGUUUUUCAUUUUUGCAUAUGAAACCCCAAAAAGUAUUUGAUAUUUCGAUGUUCGCAUGUGGAUGGGGUUAAGUAUGGAAUGCCUGUCAUUGGUUAAGUGCACAGCCAAUACUUCCUGUCCUUUCAAAGUAGGACUUCACCCUUCUAACUGUUUUGCCCGUGCUACAGAAGGCUAUAUUGGUCCGCUAAUAAAGGACUAGUAAAGGUCCAGUGCACUACUUUUGUGAAAAAAAAUUAUGUAAGAAAUAAAAUAAUAAUUGCCUGCACUACAGACAGCUACAUCUGUCUGCUAAUAUAGGACUAGUAAAGUCCCAGUGCACUACUUUUGUGAAGGAAAAACAUUUCUCCCCCAAAAGCUACAACAUGUUAGUAAUAUAUACACUACCGUUUUCGAAAGAAAAGCAAUUUUUUUUGUCCAUUAAAAUAACAUCAAAUUGAUCAGAAAUACAGUGUAGACAUUGUUAAUGUUGUAAAUGGCUAUUGUAGCUGGAAACGGCUGAUUUUUUAUGGAAUAUCUACAUAGGCGUACAGAGGCCCAUUAUCAGCAACUAUCAGUCCUGUGUUCCAAUGGCACGUUGUGUUUGCUAAUCCAAGUUUAUCAUUUUAAAAGGCUAAUUGAUCAUUAGAAAACCCUUUUGCAAUUAUGUUAGCACUGCUGAAAACUGUUGUGCUGAUUAAAGAAGCAAUAAAACUGGCCUUCUUGAGACUAGUUGAGUAUCUGGAGCAUCAGCAAUUGUGGGUUCGAUUACAUGCUCAAAAUGGCCAGAAACAAAUAACUUUCUUCUGAAACUCGUCAGUCUAUUCUUGUUCUGAGAAAUGAAGGCUAUUCCAUGCGAGAAAUUGCCAAGAAACUGAAGAUCUCGUACAACGCUGUGUACUACUCCCUUCACAGAACAGCGCAAACUGGCUCUAACCAGAAUAGAAAGAGGAGUGGGAGGCCCCGGUGCACAACUGAGCAAGAGGACAAAUACAUUAGAAUGUCUAGUUUGAGAAACAGACGCCUCACAGGUCCUCAACUGGCAGCUUAAUUAAAUAGAACCCGCAAAACACCAGUCUCAACGUCAACAGUGAAGAGGCAACUCCAGGAUGCUGACCUAGGCAGAGUUGCAAAGAAAAAGUCCUGUGUCUGUGUUCUUUUGCCCAUCUUAAUCUUUUAUUUUUAUUGGCCAGUCUGAGAAAUGGCUUUUUCUUUGCAACUCUGCCUAGGUCAGCAUCCCGGAGUCGCCUCUUACAUUUUACAUUUACAUCAUUUAGCAGACGCUCUUAUCCAGAGCAACUUACAGUUAGUGAGUGCAUACAUUAUUUUUUAUUAUAUAUUUUUUCAUACUGGCCCCCCGUGAGAAUCGAACCCACAACCCAGGCGUUGCAAACGCCAUGCUCUACCAACUGAGCUACAUCCCUGCCGGCCAUUCCCUCCCCUACCCUGGACGACGCUGGGCCACUGGCCCCAUGGGUCUCCCGGUUGCGGCCGGCUACGACAGAGCCGUUGACGUUGAGACUAGUGUUUUGCGGGUACUAUUUAAUGAAGCUGCCAGUUGAGGACCUGUUUCCUCCACUUCUUGCCUCUCCUUGAAAGUGCAUUCCAGUCUGAGGGAAGGAACCUUUAACUCAAGGAAAUGUAAUUGCGAUUCUCCCCUUUCCCCCAUUCCUCACCUCCCUCUCAAAGCACAUUGGGGGAGAGGAGUUAAGGUUCCUCCCCUCAGGCUGCAAUGCACUUUCAAGGAGAGGCAAGGAGUGGAGGAAACAAGGACAGAGGAAGAAAGAAUUUGACUGCUAGUUUUUAGACACAGACUCACACACACAAUGCUUGAAGAGUUUACUGAUUAUAAUGAUUUCAUUAUUGGUUAUUAUUAUUGUCAAUGAUUUUGUUGACAGAACCCAUUGUAUUAUUAUUAUUUCAUUAUAUUAUAUUAUUAUAUCAACUAUUAAAACAUAUAGAAAUGCUGUUGUUUAUCUUUUUCAAUCUUCAGUAAUGUUUAGCAUGGCUUUAAAUGAUAGAGAAUUUGACCAAUGCACAAAAAGACCUGGCAACUAGGCAUGACAAAGAAACAUGAGGUGUCCAUGUUUCUUGUGACAUUUUGAAUGACAUGUAGAUGUUUUGUUGUUUCUAGGUGGAGUUAUGGUCUCAUUGUGCCUAUCUAGACUUUUAUUCCUGUAACUACACAUGUGAAGCUGCAAGAAAAUCAUAUUUAAAUGUAUAUUAAACCAUUUAGAAAUGUUGACCCUGAUGUCACACAUUGGCCCCUUUUAUUUAUAUAAAGACCCACAUACAUCAACACACACCCACAGAGUCAAAGACAGGUCUUGGUUGCCUCCUUCAUUCUUUCUCUUAUUAUUCCCACCACCACCAUGUUUUACGUGGAGGCUGUGUUCUCCAGCCUGCCUGGCUGCCAGUGUCCGCUUUGUUUCCACUCAGAGGAUGAGUGUGGAACGUGGAGCCCUCUAUAACACAGCUAUACCUGAGUUAGACCCCUCUCUGCUCACCUCUCUGCUCAACCCAGAACUAGGGGGUCAAAGGUCAUGAGAGGGCUCUGGGGAGGAGAGCACGGCGGAAGAAGGAGGAGCCCAGUAACACGCCAGUGUUGGCAUUGGAGACUGGGAUACCUCUCCACUGUGUCCCGUUAUGACAGGCAUCAGGUUAUUCAGAUGGUUGGCCUUAUGUGGAGGGGCUUAACGCUGUCUAUUUCUGGGAUCCGUCAGAGUAACACUGUUACUUUUAGUCUGAUGAGUCUGAUGAUGGGGACACUUCUGUCAGAGAUGUACAGUAAGUAGAUGACAGUAUUGUAUGCUGUGUUUCUGUCACUGUAAUUGGUUUAAUGGAUGUGUAUGUUUGUGUCUGUAGGACUGUGAACUUGCCCAGUGUCCCGUCAGCCACCCGGUUCCCCCGGGGACCAAAGUGCCCUCCCACCUCCCACACAAAACCCAGUGGAGGUUCGGCUCCUGGACACAGGUUGGUUCUAUCGGUUACUUACUCCACCACUCAAUGCAGCAAUUACAUACUGUGUGUGUUGUACUGUAUUGUACUGUAACUGUACUGAUUGCCUCCAUCUCCACCACAGUGUAGCGCCACCUGCGGCAAAGGGACCCGGAUGCGCUAUGUCAGUUGCCGUGACAACCAGGGUGGGGUUGCGGAGGAUUCUGCCUGCUCCCACCUGGCCAAGCCCCCAGCCAGGGAGGUGUGCUCUGUAGUGGCCUGCGGACAGUGGAAGGUCCUGGAAUGGACAUCUGUAAGUAACUACUUUCGUUCAAUCAACCACCAAUGUUUAAUGCAUUUACCAUUUACACUUAAAAUAUUUUACAUUACUACAGGGUCUUGUGGGUAAGGAUAUUAUGUCCACAUAUCCAUUAUAUCCAUUGCUAAUGUCUUUAAAGUUCCAAUGCAGCUGUUUUUAUAUCAAUAUCAAUAUCUGGGUAACAAUUAAGUACCGUAUUUUCCGCACUAUAAGGCGCACCGGAGUAUAAGCCGCAGCAGCUAAAUUGAAUGAUGUGUACAUAUAUAAGCCGCACUGGACUAUAAGCCGCAGGUGUUUUAAUGUUUAAUUACCAUAUGUAAGGGUUCGUGCACAGAGGGGAUUGUCGGGAAAGAGACAAACUGUCUCGCUCUCGUAAUGUCUGUCUGUCUUGCUCUCGUUCUGUCUCUCGUUCUGUCUCUCGUACCACUCUCGGUUCCACUUUUACUUUUGCGCGCUACCUGUCUCACUCUUUUCCAGCCUCCAGCUUUUCCUGCUGGAGCCCGUCGCUUAAAGGUGGGGGGCACGGACCGGUCAUAGAGCCCAUAGAGUUAAAGUUGGUGGACUGUAACCUGUCAAAUCCAUAGAUUUAGGAGGUCUUCUAGUGGCCGUUAGCUGUAAAAAUCCAUAGAUUAGCCGCACCGUUAUAUAAGCCGCAGGGUCGAAAAAUGGGAAAAAAGGCGCGGCUUAUAGUCCGAAAAUUACGGUACCUUACUGUGAUUAAAAUGGUCAAAAAGAAACAAGAAUUGCUUCUUAGCAAAGAGCAAUUUCUCAAGCAAGAAUUCUGCUAGGACUGUAUGGGAGUGGUCUACACUUUAUAUACAAAAGUAUUUGGACACCCCUUCAAAUUAGUGGAUUCGGAUAUUUCACUCAUUCGAGCACACGGCCAUGCAAUCCUUUCCGACAAGUCAGUUAGUCAAAUUUCAGCCCUGCUAGAGCUGCCCCGGUCAACUGUAAGUGCUGUUAUUGUGAAGUGGAAACGUCUAGGAGCAACAACGGCUCAGCCGCAAAGUGAUAGGCCACACAAGCUCACAGAACGGGACCGCCGAGUGCUGAAGCACGUACUGCGUAAAAAUCAUCUGUCCUCGGUUGCAACACUCACUACCGAGUUCCAAACUGUCUCUGGAAGCAAUGUCAGCACAAUAACUGUUUGUCGGGAGCUUCAUGAAAUGGGUUUCCAUGGCCGAGCAGCCGCACACAAGCCUAAGAUCACCAUGCGCAAUGCCAAGCAUCGGCUGGAGUGGUGUAAAGCUUGCCGCCAUUGGACUGUGGAGCAGUGGAAACGUGUUCUCUGGAGUGAUGAAUCACACUUCACCAUCUGGCAGUCUGACGGACGAAUCUGGGUUUGGCGGAUGCCAGGAGAACACUACCUACCAACUAUAAAGUUUGGUGGAGAAGGAAUAAUGAUUUGGGGCUGUUUUUCAUGGUUCCGGCUAGGCCCCUUAGUUCUGGUGAAGGGAAAUCUUAACGCUACAGCACACAAUGACAUUCUUCCAACUUUAUGUCAACAGUUUGGGGAAGGACCUUUCCUGUUUCAGCAUGACAAUGCCCCCAUGCCCAAAGCAAGGUCCAUACAUAAAUGGUUUGUCGAUAUCGGUGUGGAAGAACUUGACUGGCCUGCACAGAUCCCUGACCUCAACCCCAUCGAACACCUUCAUAAUAAUGCCCUUGAUUUUGGAAUGAGAUGUUCGACAAGCACGUGUCCACAUACUUUUGGUAAUGUAGUGUAAGUGGGGAGGGGAAAACUGAAAACUAGCUGUUAUUGGCAGAGAGGUUUGGAACUCUCGUUCUUAUUGGUCUAUUAACUAAUCAUUCCAACCUCAUAGUGUAGAAAUAUAUAUAAAACACAGGAAAAUCAAGUUUUUGACUGCACUGGGCCUUUAACGUUUGUUAACAAUUCCAUUGUGAACAGUUCUUCUAAAGGGAAAUCUGACUACCAUUAUACGCUCUGUCGGCACUGUUCAUUAAGUUGUAUUUCACAAUGAAAUCUCUAGCCAGCUCAGUGGAUUAUAAUAUCUGAGGUUUGUUUAGCUGAGGUUUGAGCCUUUCAGACCACUGUUCAUAAUCACUUUGUGUGAUUGUGUGUUUCUCUGUUCCAAGGGGAGGAGGAGAUGAAACAGGCUUUGGUGUGUUUGGAGGGUUGGCAAGGGGAUGGAGGGAGGCGUGAGGAACAAGGGGCUGAAGAGAGGGGCUAGGAUCCUUGUUUACAGAUGUUUCUCAUCAGACAGAGACCACUAGUCAUACUCCCACCAUGCUGCAGUUAUGGCCACCAUGCACACGCGCACACACACACGCACACACACAUACUGAAGACACAUGCACGCACAAACACACACACACACGCACGCAUGCACACAUACAAACAUUCACACACACAUAGACACACACACACACAGAUAGCUAGAUACAGGCUGUGGGAGGGAGGGUCUCUCUGACUGCUUAUUUAUUCCAGAGCAACUCAGUGGGCUCCAGGCAGGCAGGAAGCAGCUCAGCCCAAGGCCACAGCAAACAGAACCACAGAGAGAGACCGAUCUGACUCUAAACGUUCACUUUGCACACUCUUGAUAUGGAAUGGAACCGGAAAUGAACCCUGAUGGAGUGAUAGCUAGAGUAUGGCGGAUGUCCCAGUUAGUUCUUUAAGUUUAAUGACUGUUAUUAUGAGAUCCAACUGUAAAAGCAGCCUCAGUGUUGUAGUUUUAGCUUGUGCAUAGGCCUAUACAGGGCCUGUUAAAGUACAGUAACUACACUAUUUUUCGGAUUGGGAGAUGCUUGUGCAAUAUCCACACCUAUUUGAAAUAGGCAGCAUUGUUGAGUCCUAGUCAGUAAACCCUUGGGCAGUGUAAUCCCUGGCUCAGUAGCACAGUACAGUACUGUAGAGUGGACAGUUGUUGCAUAAUGCCAGGUCUUAUGCAACACAGAUACAGUCCAGUUUACUCCACUUGGCCAGACCUAAUUGGAGCAGCAUGAGUCUUUGGCAGAAGCUCUACUCUGUUUCAUUUUCCUUAAGGAAGAUAUGUUUGGGUCAGCCAUGUUUAAAGAGACAAGACACUGACCUAAGCUGCUACAGCAAGUUUUGUUUGUGUUUGUAUGCUGUGUUUCUUACUCUGUGUGUGUGCCUGUGUGUGCGUGUGUGCGCAGUGCUCUGUAUCCUGCGGGCAGGGGAAGACCACACGCCAGGUGGUGUGUGUGAACUUCAGUGAUCAGAUAGUGGACGUAGUGGAGUGUGACGCUGAUGACCGUCCGGCCACAGAGCAGGAGUGUGCCAUGUCCCAGUGCCCUGCUGCCCGCUCCAGUGACCCUCGGCCCCUCCCCUCACCCAGCGGCGGCCCCCGCAACAACCUGCCCACAGCUGCCGACGGGCGCAGUGGAGGGCGAGCCCAGGCCCACCAAUGGAGAACGGGACCCUGGGGAGCGGUGAGUUUCUUAUACACCAUUUACAAGCAUCUUGCAGUCCUAGGUUCCUUAACAUUAAAUGAAUGCAUACAACCUAUAUCGUCUUCCAUUUCAAUCGUAUAAAUUGGAAGGCAGCACAGCUGAGCACUAUCUCAGUCUUGUGUUGAUGUUGACAUUUAUGAGGCUGUCUGUCUGUGAUGUAACAACGUCAUGUAUCGUGACCCAAGAAGUCAAUUUGUUUUUGCUGAUGGUUUUGGCAGUUAGUAGCCUAUUGUACAGCUGUUAUUCAAAACUGGGUUAUUACAGUUAGUUGCACAACAAUCUGUGUCCCCAAAUAGCUGUUGUUAUUUAAAGGAUCAUGGGAAAUAGCAAGGGCUAUUUUCGGGAUCUCUUCCUUCCUUUUCCUGAGGAUGUGUUUUAAUAUAGCAGUGCAUUAUCCAUCCAGUUUCCUAAAGCACAUAGUCUCUGAGGUCAAUCUGACCCUUGCCAGAGUGAUGUAUGUGUGCUUUUGUAUACUUGUCUGUCAAUGGGUGCCAUAUGUUGGUUUGUUAUCGUUUGUAUUUUUAAAUUGUGUGUUGGUGUUUGUGUGUGCACUUGUUUCAUUGUAGCUGGUGUGUGUAUAUGCAAAAGUCUACAGUAUGUGACAGUGUGUUUCUUGGUAAAUGAUUCUUGUGUGCAUAGAUGAGCACUAUACAUUUGCAUGGAUGAGUUUGAACAUUUGCAUGUUUUUGUCAUUGUGUGCAUGGUACAUGUAUUAGUGUUUGAAUGUCUACUUGCGUGUCUCUGAGUUAGUGCAUACAUACCUGUACAUGUGAGAGUGUGUGAACCAUCUGUCUCAAAUGGUGUUCUCCUCCCUGUGACGUCAGUGCUCGAGCACAUGUGCAGGCGGCUUCCAGAGGCGCGUGGUGGUGUGCCAGGAUGAGAAUGGUUAUGCUGUCAGCAACUGUGAGGAGCGCUCCGAACCCAUCGAGCAGCGCUCCUGUGAGUCCGGACCCUGUCCACAGUGGGUCUAUGGGAACUGGGGAGAGGUGAGAGAACACAAGCCGCCCUACAGCACUGAUACACUGCAGGGUUUAGUUGCACUUUGAUGACAUACUGUACGUUGCAUAAACAUUGGCGGGAAUCAACUGUCCUGACUUUGUCUACACACUCCUUCUUUCCUCUGCUCUGUCCUGCAGUGCACCAAGCCGUGUGGGGGAGGAAUAAAGACGCGGCUGGUGGCGUGUCAGAGGCCCAACGGAGAGCGCUUUAACGAUCUGAGCUGUGAGAUUCUUGACAAACCGCCCGACCGUGAGCAGUGCAAUACUCAGUCGUGCCCGUCUAACCCCCACUGGAGCACAGACCCAUGGAGCUCGGUACGCUCGUAAAUAUAUGCCUUUUGUUUUCUUCCCCCUCUUUUUUUAACAGUCCUCUCAUUUCACCACACACAGAGUUUCACCACUAAACUGUGUAGCAUGACAAAGCCAAACAAACAAAUAAUUAAACUUGAGGGAGCAGGAUGGUUCUGUAGAGCGUACAUGCUGGAAACUUUUCACCUCCACCUCACCUUUACCCUUUCCCUUGGUGCCUGAGACUGGUCAUCCUUCUAGAGACAGUUGGGAAUUGAUUUAUGUUGCACUUAAGAGAAAAGAUAAACACACAAUACACACAACACACCAAAAAGUACAACAUAUGAAAUGCUUCAUUGACAGCUGUGACCAUAAGAACACUUUCUCUGUUGUCAGUCUUAGUCAGUGUUCAAAAUUCAGGAUCAGUUGGUAUUUCAGAAUCAAAGCUAGUUUGUAAGAUAUUGUUUUAAAAGAUAAUUUAUUACUUAAGAGAUUUUCUUCUUGGUUUCCUUUGUAUAUACAGUAGCAUUAACCUCCAAAGUUUCUGUCAUACCUCUUUGUAUUCGCACACAGUCAAUCAUUGUUCAUAUGCAAAUAUUGAUGAAUGUUUCUGUAUAUCAGGAAUUUAAGAUGCCUUGUUUUUGUUUUUUUUAACACCCAAAGAAUGGACAUACAGUAUACUCGAGUGUUGGUGCUAUUCAUAGUUUUUUUUACACGUGGCAAAGAAAAUGACCUGGAAAGAGUCCAAGUGAAUGCACCAACCACAUUGGGACUAUAAAUAAUGUUUGGGUACUCUAGAAAUAUAUAUAUAUCAUUCUGAUGCUAAAGCUAUAUUGACCAUCAUAACUGUAAGAAUUCAAUUGGUCUUAAUGGGGCAAUCUGCAGUUCAAACAAUAACAAAGCCACACCUCACCACUGUUUCAGUAAACAGCUGAGGGAUGGGGCUGGAGAAAUGUAACCACUGUCAAAUUCAUAGACAUAUCUAUGGAUGCAUCGAUUGACCAUCCAUGUUUUAACCAUGUUUUAAUACAGUGUUUUGUUUACAAUUACAUUGUUUACCAACAAAGGAGUAAAACAAGCUUACAUAUUUAAUAGUCCAAAAAUGGAUGUAGCAAUACAUCCGGGGGCAGCAGGUAGCUUAGUGGUUAAGAGCGUUGUGCCAGUAACCGAAAGGUCGCUUGGUCUAAUCCCUGAGCCGACUAGGUGAAAAAUCUGUCGAUGUGCCCUUGAGCAAGGCACUUAACCCUAAUUGCUCCUGUAAUUCACUCUGGGUAAGAGCGUCUGCAAUAGCAGAUUGCCCUUUAUUAAUUAUAGAGAAGUUACAAAUUAUCUUAUGUUUCUGCCUUAUUUUACAGUCCACUAGUAUUUACUCAGAAAUGACGUUGUAAAAUGGUAAUUACAUGGUAAUGAACUAAUAAUUACUUUUUAGUCAUGUACGUGCCGGGUAGUUACCAAUUAUGCUAAAUUCUUUAAAAGAAACAAUAGGGUUUCUCAAUAAAGAACAGGUAAACACCAUCUGAAAUAGGACUGUAGAAUAAAGUGAUAGCUGUGUUAUUUGAUAAAUUAUGUGAUUCUUCGAGGUAAUAGUCAUUUUACCACAGCUUGAAGUCCUGACCCAGAUUCCCUCCUUUUUACUAGCACAGACAUAAGCACCCAGCCAAACCAGUAGGUUCAAGGCCCACCGCUCAAAAGGUGCUUGAUAUGAGUGUAUUUAUGUCUUGUUAGAUAUGUCUAUAUACUCGCUUUGUAAAUAGUUUAUUUUGGUGUGUUCACCAGUGCUCAAUACACAUGUGAAAAUAUGCUAUGCUCAACCAUACCUCACUUGGAACAAACACAACUCAACUAGCCAUUAACUUAUGAUACUUACAAUGGUGCUUUUGCUAAAUAAGGGAGAAAUUAGAUAUAAACAUAAAAAAUAAAAUAAUAAUAACUUAAGGUCACAAACUGUCUAUUGUGAUGUAGAGAUAUGUACGUAUGUAAACACCUGGUGUUUUGAGUAGUUUUUCAUAUUCAAUUUUUUGCCUAUUUUUUUCUUUUCAUGAUGUUGAUUAUUGAUUAUGUCCAAAAAAAUGUAGUUAUGUUAGGUGAAAAUGUGUUAUAAUUUUUUUUAAAGGUAAAGAUAAUUUUUGAAGUGUGUUCCAUUUAUUCACCACCAAACCUGUUUCUGUUGUAGCUGAAAGAGAAUGCCCCUUGUCCUAGCAUUGUGAACACACAGUCAGUACCUGCGACCACAGGGAGAGUUUAUAGUGUUCUAUAUACCUGGAGCUCAUCCUCUGAGCCAGUCGUAUGUGUCUACCUCAUUCUCUAUUAACACCACCCCCCCACACACCUUGGUCUUCUGCUGGAGGGCUGCAUUCUCAUUCAAAUUCAUCAUGAUGUUAAGCCCAUCCAAGGAUGUUGGCCCUAACCACAGAUCCAGGGUCUGUGUUUUGUUCUACCUCUUAAUAGUUACGAGUGGAAUCGGGGUAGUGAAAGCUGAUCUUGGACCUGUGGUUAGGCGCAACCUCUGCCUGGAGCCCACCCAGUCAUUCCUAAGGCUAACUGUAACCUCCUGGUAAUUAAUGUGUGUGCAUAAGUUGCAGACAUCACACCUUAUUUUAAGGGCCUGUUAACACAGCUCUCAAGCAGGCAGUGAGUGUAUUUCUCACCACACCUUGUUCACUAAAGAAAAACGAUCAUUUCUAAUAAUCUCCAUAUGAGUAAUGACAAGGUAGCAUAAGGUUGGGUUGAUUAUGACGAAUCCAAUAAGAGUGUGUAGCUUUUACCCUACUUGAAACAACUCCACAUGCAUUAAGUCUCAUUGCACUGUGGAAUUGUCGAUCAUUUGAUGUGUAGAAUAAAACACAGUUAUAUUAUUUUUAUCUAGAGCCACAAAUCACAGCUUGGCUCCUUGUUGGAGUUUAGGGUGCAUAUUUUAGCAGUACAGCGUGAUGCAUUUACAAUGUGUUUGAUGAUAUGAACAGGCUCUUGAAAUAAAGUACUCUAUGCCUCUCAUUCCAUAUGGCAGUAUUAGUCUGGGUUUCAAGGACAUUUGUGCAUAUUUAUGUAAUUAUCUGUAUUUAUUUCUACUUCAUUAUAAUGUCAUGUCAAUAUUUAUGUUCGCUCACAGAAAGGUAACUAUUAAAGUGAAGUAGAGGUACUAUUAAAAGGCACUGUUUCUUUCAUGUAUAUUAUUUACCGUAAAAGAUCAUGUUCACGAUUCACGAACCAUCACGAACAAGUGCUUAUGCUCAAAUUAAAUUCCAAAACAUCAAUUUAUACUGAUUUCCUUUCUAGUCAAUCCUCUAGCUAGUUUAUUUAGUGUGCAGGAACACUGUAUUGUAUGGAUAUCAAAAGUGAAAAAUGUAGGUCAUAUGAGAGAAGAGAAACAAAACAUCUGCACUCUUGAGCUUACCUUAGUUACAGGAGGACUAGUGCUUAGGGGAAAAACUGAUAAAUCUACACUCUGGAACACUGUUUUCUAAAAAAGAGUUUCAUUAAAUGAGGUAAUUGCCAUGAAGAACCACUAACAGUGAAGUGAACACAUUCACUUAUAAUACCACAGGCAACUUUGUAGUCCUGUUAAAAAUCUCAUCAACAUGUCUGUGCUUCAAUUAAGAAGAUUACCUUUAGAUUAACGGUUUUGGCUUUACACUAAUUACAGUAGGAACAUGGAAGUGGAAAUGGUCUAUAUAAUUAACCAAAUCACCUAUGGAUUAGAUAGGAAAUUCUCUGCAAAUUAUCUCUGCAGAGAGCAUUACUCGAGCUCUCUAACUGUUUUUUUGAAAGGGCCGUUUUCAGUAAAUGAAAAUGUACAAAUCACUGAGCAAUAUCUCUGUUGUCUUAUGAGGUCAGGGCCACAGUGAUCUCUUUGAGCAAUUAUGAUUUUUCUGUCUCUGCCAGAGUUCAAAGCCAUUCGUACUAAGAUCAAUCUUUAUUCUCUGUGACACUGGCUAGAAGGACCUCCAUUUACUGUGCUCAUUCACUCCUAAUGGCUGACAUGGUUUUUUUGUGUGCCUGACGACACGUUCUCUUCAACUACGUCGCCCCCUCAGUCCCCCCCUUGCCCCUUUCCUCUGGCGGGUUGAUGACAUUGUUCCGAUGGUGGGGGGCCAGUGACAGUGACUCAAAUGAAAGCCUGUCAGAAAGACAAUGCAGGAGUGCAUUGGGGGUCAAGGGUCACGUUUGAUCUGGGAGGGGCCCCUUCCUUGUACAUCUAAUCAGCAUGGAUGGACUUCUGGGAAAGGGCUGUGAUCCCAGGAAAAAAAGCUGGGAAAGCCCUGUUGUCUGUGGGGGCCCGAAAGGCCCAGUUGCCUCGGUUCUUUAGAAUUCCAGGACGGAAUGCAGGCAUCGGAAUGUGGUGUAUUUUAGGCACAAGUAGUGGUCUGUCAGAGGCACUGUUUUAUUUGGCACUGUAAAUAAAAGCAUCUGAUUUGAAUGAUACAAUAAAAUUGUGUCUGAAUGCAUGAUAGUUGAAAGUAGUGUGAUAGUUGGAAAUAGUGUUAUAGAUAACAGGUAGUUUUGUGAUGAUUCCAGUUUACACAUUGACAUAAAAAUAUCAAUUUCACUCAGAGUAUGCUAAAAUAUAAUGUAGUUUAUGAAAUGGUUGACACUUGGUAGGUUGAAGGGUUAAUUUCAGCAUGGAACACACACAUGAACUAACUACAUAUAAUAAAGAUGUCUAGUGGAUACCCACAGAAUUUGUGGAUAUAGAGAAUUGGAAGGUGAUUUACUUCCCCAGUGUUUUAAUGAUUCCCAAGGUAAUAGAAAGUUAUUGGAGCAGAGAACUAUGGCUGGAAAGCUCAUUUAAAGAGUAUAUAAAACUUUGAGGAAUGGUCUGACAUUUAAAAAGCAGCAGUCUGGCUGCCUGCCCCUCAUUGUAAAUGCCUUUUAUUCAAUGAUUUAAACCUUUGUAAAAUGUUAUUUAUCCUAAAUGGCCCUCCAUGACCAUGAUCAUAGCCUGUGUGUGUACUCUCCGUGUCUACCUCACUCCAAAUUCCAAACACCACUGGAACGUCUGCUCAUAGGCCAAUGGGUGAAUCAAUAGUAGCACAUUUCUUAUGGUAACUAAAACACCAUGGAUGGACAAUAACAGCACCUUAAAUGUAGAAGUGUCCUGCAUGCUCUGAGGCUGUGUUUACACAGGCAGCCCAAUUCUGAUCUUUUUUCCAUUAAUUGGUCUUUUGACCAAUCAGAUCAGCUGUUUUGCCAAUAAUUGGGCAAAAUAUUAGAAUUGUGUUGCCUGUGUAAACACAGCCUCAAGUUCUCAUGCAGACUGAUAUCUGGCCUCAAGUGGUUAUUAUAAAGGAGGGGCAACUGUAACUGGUGUCAGACUCUCACACGGCUUGGCCCAAUAACAGCCUCGCCCAGAUGUAUGCAUGUGGGGAACAUCUGGGCGACUAAGUCAAAUCGCCUAAAUGUAAUGGGGCUCCUCACAAAAAGACACAUACAGUACAGUACUCACAUUUAAAUGUUCUCCCUUAUGUGUAUUGAAAUUCAUUAGAGCAAAAAAUACAGCAAGUAAUCACACAUUGUUGGUGUUUUGGCUUCAUUUUUUAUUUGAUCAUAGAACAAACUAACAUUCGAUGGAAGGUGUAAUUUUCAAUCAAGUUUAUUGUGUGAAAUUGGUGUCUAUGUGGUUAUACAUCUAAAAUAAUUUGUGAUUCCUCACUGUACAUUAUCAAUCCCUUAAAUUAAAUGAUUUUAGUAACAUCAUAUUUGUCAUUCCUUUUCAUUUUGUACUUUUGUUUUUAUUUGUUAAUAUAACAUGAAAUGCCUAUAAUGUAUAAUAAGCAAAUCCAUUCACAAGGCGCUCACCUCUCUACAGUCAUUUCCGGGGUGGGAGUAACUUCCUCCUUAUUGAGCCAUUCGUUGUCCUCUGGGCUCUGGUGACAUUUAGCCCCGCCCUCCCUCUCCUAAAUGAGGUGAAAGGUCGUUGUGGGUUCCUGUCCGGCGCGAUCCCUCGCUGGGCAGCGCAGUGCGUCAUGCUGGGCUACGCACUCGUUCAACCCAGGGCCUGUCGCAUCCUAUCUGUCCUCACACUCUGAGACGCUUUGAUUACCCAACCCCAACCCAACAGCCCCACUGAACUCACAGGCCUGGAGCGCCUGACUGUGCUGGGGGGUGCUGGUGUGUGGGGUGCCUGCCUGUCAGACAGAGUUAGACCUGGGCCAGCUCAAUGAACCUGGAUGUGAAUGUGGCUGGUGACUGUGUGCUGCUUGGCUCUCAUAACUCUACCUUCUGUGGACUUAAUCCGUUUAACUGAGGGGCCUCCGCUUCCGUUGCACAUUUCUGUACGCUCAGCUUGCAUUCACUAAAAUCUAGAAAUGCUGUACUGUAGAAACUGCUUUGUGUGUAAAUGGCAGUGCAUUAAUAUCUCAAGUUAUGGGAUGUCAAAGUGCUAAAUGUAUGUCCAAAUCCAUGUUUAUUUGGUCUCAAACCAAUUCACAUGAUCUUAUGUCCCAACUCAUGUUACAUACCGUAUUUGCUAAUGAAAAUGUCACUAACCUGUUGUGUACUUUGAAGCCCUGUACAUGUGAUCUUGUUCUCAAGAAGAAGUAGAUUGAAAAACUAUUCAAGUGAAUGAUAAAAGGGUUCUAUACUAUACUCAUUGAAGUCAUCCAGUAUUUGACAUUGUUCUGGUAUUUGAUCUCUGUACACCCCCUAUCUAUUAACUAUUUCUCAAAUUUGACCUCCUCUUGCAGUGCUCUGCCGCCUGUGGUAAAGGAUGGAAGAACCGUAAGGCGAGCUGUGUGACCCGGUCCGGUCGACCUGUUCCAGAGGACAACUGUAAACACCUGACCCAGCCCAGCAAGGAGAGGAGCUGCCGGGGGCGCCGCUGCCCCAAAUGGAAGACAGGGAGCUGGGGAGAGGUACUCUUUAAACCUGAAAUAAACACUACAUGCUACUACCACCAAUCACGCUCCCAGUUCAGCACUCAUUCUUUUCCUUUUAAUGCUCAUUAACUUGCUGAUUCACUGGUGCACUGUGAGGUAGCUGUCUGAGUUGGCUUUUUUUCUACCAUGCAUGACUAUUCAGUAAUACGUGUUCUGUGGCACAUCAAACUGUGGUCUGCCUUCUGGGUUGUGGUUCAUCCCUCUGGCAGUUUGAGAGGAUCCCAUAAUGGGCUACUAUCAGGGGCAGUGGGAGGGAGGGAUAUCCAUACCUCCACUUUCAUCUGGGCCUGGCUGAGGUUGACUUUAGCCAACAUGAAGCUCCCCACGCCACGCUCCCUGCCUCCCUCCCGCCCGCCCUCUUAUCCUAUCCCUCCCCAAUUGGAAACAUGUGUCAGAGGCUCCUCUCCCUCUACCCAGCCAGAGCAGUCUGGUCUCAUAGACUAGAAGUAACAUAGUAAACAAAAAUCCAUGACGCUCAAAUUAGUAUGAUAUGUUUUUAUUUUUAUUUAUUUAACCUUUAUUUAACCAGGUAGGCCAGUUGAGAACAAGUUCUCAUUUACAACUGCGACCUGGAUGUUACGUUUGGUAUGGUUACAUAAGACAGAAGGUUACUUAAUGCAAAAACAAAAGGAGUGUGGUUGGACGGGGUGGUUGGGUCGACGUAUAACACGAAUGUCUAGCAACCCAAAGGUUGCAUGUUCAAAUCUCAUCACGGACAACUUUAGCAUUUCAGUUAAUUAACAACUUUGCAACUACUUACAACUUUGCUAACUACUUAGCAUGUUAGCUAACCUAACUCCUAACCCUAACACUAACCCCUAGCCUAGCUAACAUUAGCCACCUAGCUUUUAUUUAUUUUAUAAGGAUCUCCAUUAGCCGAUGCCAAUGGCGACAGCUAGUCUUACUGGGGUUCAACACAAAGAAAAAUAUGUUAGUGUUAACCACCUAGCCACCUAGCUAAUGUUAGCCACAACAAAUUGGAAUUCGUAACAUAUCAUACGUAUUUCAAAUUCGUAAAACAUAUUGUACGAAUUGCAAUUCGUAACAUAUCAUGCGAAUUGUAAUUCGUAACAUAUCAUUUCAAAUGGAUGAUGGACAUCCACUAAAUAAUACAUACUAUACCAAACAUAACAUAUCAUACUAAUUUGAGUGUCCCGGAUUUUAGUUUAGUAUGUUAUGUCUACCCCUGAGUCCAGGUUGGCCAGCGAGACAAUCCACUUACCACAGCAGGCCAGACACAUUCCCAAAAUGCACCUCACCAGCUGGAGAGCCUGGUGCUCUUUCCCCCUCUAUUCCUCUCUGUCUCUUUCUCUUCCUCUCCCUCCACUGAUCAGGGGCCCAGAAGAGACACACAUCUGCCCUCAAUACCUCAGAGGACUUGUUGGCUGUCUCAGACAGCUCUAGUGCAUACAGCUCCCUAACAAUCGUAUUAAUAUAACCAGGUAACAGCUGAUUUCACUGAAUGUACUGUACCAUAAUCAUUUAACAGACACUCUAUGGUAGCCAUGGACCAUUUUACAAAAUGUAAAAAAUGCACACAAAAAAUGACAUCCAAAAUUGGCAGAUAAAGAAAUAAAACACUCCACUUUUUAACACCUGACAACCUGCAUUCACGCAUGUACCCACUUGUUAAAGGAAAAUACCACUCAAACACUAUCUUAGUCCACUGUUGAUAGUCCCAAAAUGUUUUGCAUGUAAGCAAUCAAGUUUUCAAGAUAUAGAACUUUCAAAAUACAGAAAGUGGCAUACAAAAUGCAUCAUACUGUGACACUUUCUGUAUUUUGACUGUUUUUGAGUGGUAUUUUCCUUUAAGCCAUAGUGAGUAGUACCUUCACAAACAAUAAGCUUUAUUUUGAACGUGACUAUGAAAUAUGAUAUUCAAGAAAUCAUUAGUCAUUCGAAAUAUAGUCUUAAAGGUAGACUCAGUUAUAUGAUGUAGAUGCAGAAAGUAAACACUUUUGUGGGUCAAUUUCCGCAACAACUAAGAGCGUUGAAGCGCGAGGCUAAACUUCUCCCCUGUUUUGGUGCCCUGGCUACCACGCUGUGAACAGCGUGAAGCGAACCCGUGCACUUGUCCAGACUGUGUGUGACUGUGUGAGAGUGAAGUCUUGCAUCUUGCUCAUCUCAAUAUCUCCGGUUCUGCUCGUGGCAAUGUCAUUCAGCUGAGUCUACCUUUAAAUACUCCUAAUCUUAUCAAAAUUAUGGCAUUUCAGACUGGAAAUGUUCCUCCUUCAAGCAGGUGAACCUAAUAGAAAAUAAAUCUGAUGACAGCUUUUUCAGUCAUCACAUUUUGUUUUUCUUGUUUUGAGAAUUAAAUUAAUACAAAUUGUUGAAAUAUGGAGAGGAUCGGUAGCAUAAAGAGAUGGGAUUCUUGGGGCUUUUAAUGGUUAACAUGUGCUAAUUUAACACGGUGAUUUCUCACCUCUCGCUCUGUGAGCCUCAGGAGGGCAUGGACAUCUGGAUGUGUUUACUGAUCCAAACACACACACAGUCCUCUAACCUUUAAGAGCAUACACAGUCGAGUGGGUGGUAAUAACAUGUAUACACAUACACACACAAUAAUAUACACAUUAACAGAUAGACAAACUCAAACACACAAAUACUCACUCAAAAACACACCAAUAAAUGCACUUUAUAAUCAAUUAAGACACUUUAUAAUCAAUUAAGACACUUUAUAAUCUAUUAAGGCAUGUGUAAUAAUGGUCUUCAUGUGCCUUUAGCACGUAAAUGCUCCCUUAGGAAAAUGCACAGUUAGCCAUUAAUGUUGGUUCACAAAACCAAUUAAAAUGUAAGUACAAACACUAUCAGGAUUAACAGUAUUGAAAGUGGCUCUUUCUCUUUGAAGACAAUAAGCAUACACAUUAAACAUAUAAACAUUAUUAGAUUUGCCUUAUUAAUGUCAUUUUAUGUUUCUAAUACAGUAUUUUUAAAAGACCUAGAUAGGCCUGCUGUACAUGCACAAGUGUGAGGAAAGCAAGGUAGUAGUGAACAUUACACACUUUUAAAAAAGGGUUCCAAAAGGGUUCUGCGGCUGUCCCCAUAGGAGAACACGUUUUGGUUUCAGGUAGAACCCUUUUUGGUUCCAGGUAGAACUAUUUUGGGUUCCAUGUAGAACCCUCUGUAGAAAGGGUUCAACAUGACACCUAAAAGGUUUUACCUGGCACCAAAAGGGUUCUACCUGGAACUAAAAGGGGUUCUUUAAAGGGUUAUCCUAUGGGGACAGCCGAAUAACCCUUUUUGGUUCUAGAUAGCGCCUUUUUUUCUGAGUGUACCCACCAACCAAUAUCAUUCUUUGUACUUACAUGUUGAUAUUUCCCUCCAGAUGUAUUUCUGUUUUGUGCAGCUGUAGAUGAAAUUGAUUACAUUUUUUACAUUUCUUGCAUUUCUUAAGAUAAACUGUGUCAAAUCAGCAAAACAUUAUACAUUCAAAAUAUGCAAUGUCCUCAAGGCAGGGGUUCAAGCUUGACUGUCUAGUGGAGAGAACCCCCCUCCCCCACUCCCUCUCCUCUCUCCCUCUCUCUCGAGCUCUUCACAGAGGGUUGAAAUCUGCUCUUUCUUAACAUGGAGGAGCCGGAACACACGUCUGUAAAGAACCCCAUCCGUCUUGAGGGUUUUCACUGUAGUUACACUCUGUUUGACAGAAUGCCCCACUUUUUAAGACUGCAAACACAGCCUUGAUUCAAGCUUAAAUGUUUCUUGUACACAAAAUCCUGUGGUUAGAUCUUUUGAAUGAAAGCUCUAGACCCAUACUUUUUGGAAUAAUACAAUAUCAUGUUAUGCAAUGAUUAUGACGUGUUAGCUCUACUUAGAAGUAUUGCUGUUGAUAUUGAGGCAAAUUGUAUUGAAUGAUAUUGAAUUAAAAUUGUAGUGAUAUAGCAGUCAAAGGCUUAAUAAUAAGCUGUGUCCUUCAACCUGAAGCCAGCAUUUAAUUCUAAGUCAAGUUGUAUUACAUACAAACCACAGAGGGGUCUGGUGUGAGUCAACAAACAAAAUGACAAACCAUUUAUGCCAUUUAACUACAUUUCUACUUGUAUCUUUCAAAACAUUAGUUUCACAGGCACAUGUAACCGAAGUGGUUUGCUUGUUAGUGUAGUCUCGUGCAGGGACAUAACCUUAUUGAAGACCUAAAGACUUAUGCUAGCUAACCGAGGUUUAACCCCCGGUAAGUUAAACCAGCGUGUGUGACUGACAUCUUUGCUGUGGAAAGUAAGGCAGGUGGGUGUAGCGUAGCCACCGUCCCUGCAAGUGGUUCCUGAAUUAAAUUAAAUAGAAUUCCACACAGGUCUAAAAUGAGGGUAAUGAACAUAUAAAUUAAUAAUGAAACUCUACAGAUGUAGCAUCUUAAUAUGAGCCAGUUUGCUAGAGCAGGACAAGAAUCCUGCAGCAACAGGAAAUAUGAAUUAUUAUGUGGAUUAUAAUUAAAGGAGAUUUUUGUAGGGGUUGAUACAUUUUUCAUAAGGGAAAAACAAGUCUGAAAUUUCAAAGUGGAAAUUACAAACUUCAGAAUACUUUUUAAACCCUUUACAUACACAGCAAAUAAAAGAAAUCCUGCAUUGCAGGGUGAUCAAAUUAAGAUCCUACACAUGUAUGUUCAAAAGUACCGAAUUUGCAUAUUUGGUUUCAACAAGUGCACAAUUUUAAUGUAGGAAGUAGUUGGCUAGACUAGUUGUUCCACUGGAACAGGUGAUUAGAAGAUAUAAUUCAAACUAAAGAGAGAGAUGUUACACUUGUAUUGCCAUUUAUGAUCCUUUGAGGUUAACAGGUGUGCCUUCUUAAAAGUUAAUUUGUGGAAUUUCUUUCCUUCUUACUGAGUUUGAGCCAAUCAUUAGGCCUCCUGUAGCUCAGUUGGUAGAGCAUGGCGCUUGCAACGCCAGGGUUGUGGGUUCGACUCCCAAGGGGGGCCAGUAUGAAAAAUGUAUGCACUCACUAACUGUAAGUCGCUCUGGACAAGAGCGUCUGCUAAAUGACUGAAAUGUAAAUGAGGUUAUCAAUUGCAGAGAUAAAAAUAACAGUGCAUCUAAUUUUUUCAAAAAUAUCUAGGCUACUUCAUUUUUGUUUGAAUUGCAUUGAAUUCAAUAAUACAUGAUUCAUUGAAAUUCUGCUUCCUGUGCUUUUUAUAGUCAAUUCAAAUUCCGAAAAAUAAUAGUUCAUAUAUAAAAAAAAUAUCACACAUUGAUUUCAUUUUUACAGUUAAUUUGUACUCAAAUAACUUGGUAAUGAUGGGAAAAAAUAGGUGUAGAGGAAUGAAAUCACAAUCAAGCAAAUAUCAGACGUGUAGAGAAACGUUUGUAAUGCAUCUUACCUUCUGUCCUGUUCUGUUUCAGUGCUCAGCGUCAUGUGGCAAUGGAAUACAAGAGCGGGAAGUUUUCUGUGAGGUUGGAAACCGGCGCAACCCGGAGGAGACUGAAUGCCCCCCAUCCUCCCGUCCGGCUUCCAGCCAGACCUGCCGGGUCACUGACUGCCCCUCUCGGUACCGGUGGAGCAAGGGAGAGUGGCAAUCGGUAAGU